CUACACUAUCGUGUAACAAGUUCAAAAGAUUCCCUUGAGUCCAACGACGCUGUUGUUUGGAGGUUUCCUCACCCGCAUGGCCUCAUUUUGAACAUUUUGAGUAGAAUUGAGUGGUUUGUACCUUUUUAAUUGGGAAGUGCUAUAUUGUUGUGUUUUACUUCAGUGGUUUUGGCAGUGACAAAUCACAGCAAAUAUCAGUUGUGAUUUGCACGAGCAAAAGGUCAACAUGGAUUGUGGUUUUGAUAUCGACAGCUAGCUACUAUUGCCUGAAGUUUUUAUUAUCUUGAUGAGCAAAACAUAGGGUAUCCAAGAAAGUGCAAAGAAAACAAAAUAUUACGUGGUUAAGGACAUGUUGGAGACAGAGGCGAAGACUGUUGAUAAGCUCAGUAUUGUUUGACCGGUACAGUUUGACCAUCAUCAUGGCGCGAGUUACAAACCCAUUGUAAACACACUACUUCAUUUAUAUAUUGCGGCCUCUGACACGGAAUAACAAUUAUGUCUCAUGUUCCUCCACCUACACCUACCUUCGAAAAGGACAGAAUAAGAGCUUUGAAGAAUGAACGCAUUAAUUCCCAAAAGAAAACUUUUACAAAGUGGGUGAACUCCUUUCUUGAUAAGGUGAGUGCAUUGCACGUUAGCUUACAAGAAUUCAAUUAACUGCCCCUCUCUAAAGAAAACCUCGCUGUUUCUCCUACUCUAUGUAAAGAUCAAGAUGAUCAUAUAAUGUAGACAUUAAAACUUCAUUGCUCGUUAACGCUAAUUGACAAUUUGUAAUAGAAUUUAUUGUAGAACGUAAACCUUUUUUACAAUUUGCAGUAACUUUUUUUAGUAGAAAAAUAAGCUUACAGCAAUUGGAAUAUAUGUUUUAUUAGAGGCUAAAGGCUACGUUAAUUAGGAAGCUUUCUAGCUCAUGUUCUCUGAAAGCUGGUUUUCAUUAAUAAUGAGUCGGGUGCUUACAGCCCAGUGAAAAUCAAAUAUCAGAGAUGAAAAUGGAGCUGUAGGAUCAGUAGAAGUGGAGUCAACAGUUUGUCCAACUCUCCAUGUACGACUAAUACAUACGUACAACUAAUAAAAACCAUAUUCUCGAAGUUGCAAGUACAUUGUAUAAGCAGAACAACAAACCAAUCACGGUACUCAUUCUCAUGAACUGUGAUUGGUUUGGUUUCUCCACUCAGACUUGCCAAGUCUCAUGACUUUGUCGUGAGUCUCUUGAUUUCAUGACCUACCGUAAAAUUCCGAAAAUUAGCCCCUCCAUCUAUAAGCCCCUCCAAAUCUAAGCCUCCCAAACUCGUAACGCAAAAAACCCACCGUAUAAAUUGCCCCUCCAAAGAUAAGCCCCCCCCCCGGUGAGCUUGUACUUGGAAAUUGCCCUCAAGUACAAAGUAAAACAAAGCAAAAACGGUAAAUUUCCUUCCAAUUAUAAGGCUAGCAAAAUCGAUUUUGAAACGCAAAUUUUCCUUUGUAAAUAAGCCCCUCAGAAUAUAAGCCCCUCCAAAAAUAAGCCCCUCAAAAAGGGCCUUUGAAAAAUAUAAGCCCUGGGGCUUAUUUUCAGAAUUUUAUGGUAUCUCAUGCUCUUGCAAGUUGGCAACUGAUUUCUCAUGCUUUCUCAAAAGGUCAAACUCCAAAAAAAUCAUGGAACCGUAGGGUUUGUUUCCAAGGUAGAUACAGAUGUAUCAAUAGAUAGCCAGCUCAAUUCCAAAAAACGUCCUUCCACUGGGAAAUUUGGGACAUCUCACGACUUUUUACCCAUUUGUCACUACUUCUCCCAGCUCUAGGUUUCAAAUCUCAUAUUUUUUGCUUUUUUGGGGUUGGCAAGUCUGUCCACUUCUGCUUGCAACUCCGACAAUCUGGUUUUCACUAAACAAGUUUACUCUGAAGCAAUAGACCAUAAUGCUCCUUUCUUCUUAUUCCGACUGUGACUCCAAUGCUAGUGACACCAGCUUUGAGUAUAUUAGACGGUAAAAGCUUUUGUUACUAAUAACGCAAUUGACUCUCUCUAAACUGACACAUCUGUAAAAGGGAUACCUAGAGGUAGUCCCUGCCUUUCUUUACUCCCUUUAUUGAACUCUCUAUGAGACAGACACCUAAUUCCUGUCCCAAAGGUGUCCGUCUUAGAGAGAGUUGACUAUAGAUACAUUUACACUUGCUGGAAUUCAACCUUCCUUUUAAUACGACAAUAUAUUACAUGGUGGCAUCAUUUUACUAAAACUAUCAGAAUUCUUCAGUCUGUUAAUUUCUUGUGCAAAAUUAGUUUUUUAAACCUUAGUGGCAAAUUUAAAAUCAGUAAAACCUCAAUAUAACAAUCCUUUAUUACAAAGCCUUCAGUAUAAUGAACUAUUUAUUUUUCUUUACCCCUGUUAUCGUAAAACAUAUGAAAUGGAGUCUCGAUAUAAUGAGACCGUAAAGCAAACAUUAUUUUACCUGUCCCUUGGCCCUUUGUUACUUUGAGGUUCCACUGUAAGAGAGCAAAACCAAAUUAAUUCUGGUAGUUGUAGUCGAAUGUCAUCAUUGUGAAAUAGCCCUUUUGCUUGUGCGAUGUGGAUGGACCCUUUUUCACAUGACCCCCCCCCCCACACCCUGACAGGUUUCCAGUGUAAAGUCAAACCUCUGCAAAAGGCCCACCUUGGGGUUUGAGAUAGGUGGCUGUUUACAAAAAAUUAGAGCUGUAUUUCUAUUUUUUGAUUACUGCAGAAUAAUCAACACAUUGAUGACUUGUUCACUGAUUUUUGUGAUGGAAGACUGUUAAUAUCUCUUCUUGAGAUUAUUUCUGGAGAAAAGCUUGGGAAAGUUGGUAAGUAUUAAUAUUGUUAUUACUAUUUUUAUUAGUAUUAACACUAUUCAAUGAGAAGCCACUGAAAUGGUGAGGCCAGUUCCAAGUUAUUAAAAUUCAUAUUUGGCUCUGAGGCUGUGGGCAAUAAAACAAAAGUAAUCACGUUGAGAUUCAGGGAAUAAUAAUUUAUUCAUUUCUUUUGUUUUAUUCCCUUCAGCCUCUGAGCCAAGCAUGAAUUUUGAUAAUUUGAAGCUGGCCUUUUUCCUAAAAAAACAAAAAAAAACAAAAACAAAACGGCCAACAAGCUACGCGUAAAGUACUGAGAGCCAGAGUAAAAUACUGAUACAUUACAUACAAAAUUCUGAUCUUUCUGGAUGACUCACAAAAAUUCUGGGAUUUUAAAAGUCAAGAUUAAUCUAAAUCUAAAUCUAAAUAUCGUUAUGUCGGCAAAAUCGUUUGGGACAUCACGCCAACUCUAAGAAUAAUAAAUAAAACUAUACUAGAAUAUACGAAACUAUUAAAAACUAUUAAAAAACUACUGAUAAAAAGAAAACUAAAUUAGUUUGCUACAGUACAAUACAGAGGGAUUGGCUGGAAACAGUUUCUUCUGGAAGUUUGUUCCAUUCAGUUAUUGUCCUGGGAAAAAAAGAAAAUCUAAAAAUGUCUUUAUGUCCUUUCGGUACAAUAAAUUUAAAAUCAUGGCUUCCCCGGGUUCUCCUUUCUUUGCUUGUUAUCAAAUAAUCCCCCCAGUCCCCAUCUAGGAGGCCGUGGCACAUCUUGUAUAUAGUGUGUGUUUCAAGUGUGUCCCACUGUAGGUCUUGCAGCAUUUCCGUCACGCUCGUUGUUCGAUCGUAAUUUCCAGUGACAAAGCGGGCUGCUUUCCGCUGUACCCUUUCUAGAGCGGCUUUAUCUUUCUGGUAACGUGGGUCCCAUGCGCUACAGGCAUACUGGAGUUUUGGCCUCACAAGUGUCAUAUACACGGUUUCUUUCACUGACGUUGGACAAUUCCACAGAUUUCGCGUGAUAAGUCCCAAGACCUUAUUUGCCCUAGAUGUGAUUGUUUCAAUGUGUGGUGACCACCUCAUUUUGUUAUCGAGCACUACCCCCAGAUAAGGGUGAGAUUCCACUUCUUCUAGGAUUUGUCCACAAAAUGCGUAUUCCCGCUUUGGUGGAUCUCUCCUGGUUGUAAAACACAUGAUCUUGCACUUUGAAGGAUUAAAUUCCAUCUUCCACUUUUGUUGCCAAUCUUCUAAUCUAUACAAGUCCUCUUGGAGAUCGGCUGUGUCUUCAUCACAACAAAUUAUCAACUGCUUUUAAGAAUAAAGCAAAAGUUAAGCUUACCUGUACGUAGCAAAGUAGAAAACGAAAAAGUGAAAGCUUAGAAAUGGUGUGAUACGUGCAUAUGCAUGCAUAUAAAGUAAUGAUAAUUUUUCUUUUACUAUGUAGCUCGGGGCAAGCUGAGGGUACACAAGAUUGAAAAUGUGAAUAAAGCACUUGAAUUUCUUCAACGCUCGGUAGGUUUUGAUUCUUAGCUGGUUUCUGUAACUCAUCUUGAUUGUUGAUUAUAUUGCAGUAGCUUGUGUGGUGACAAAAGAUGUUAUGUUUUAUUCUUCACUGUGAAAGGCCAUUCAAACUCCUAAAAGGAAAGGGGAAGGCAUGUUCUACUGAAAUCCAAAGAAUCAUCUGAAAAUAUGAAACAAAAGGGGAAUUUCCUUUGCAAUAAAGACAUUGAUAUUCUUUCAGUUUUCACAAACUAACUGGCCCCUAAUGCUCAAGCACUGGAUAAUGCCAUUCACUGGAUAAAUCACUGUUCAGCAGAUAUGUAUCAGGAAAGCCAAAUGCAUUAUUCACUAGAUGGUGAUUUAUCCAGCGGAUAGUGUUAUCUACCUUUUGAACAACUGGGACCAGAAGUGUUGUGUUCAGUGUGAUAAAGUUAAAUCAGAGUUUAAGCUAUUAAACCUUUAGUCACUAGCCUGUACUACUGUACAGCUCAACACUGUUUUCAUUCACUUAUAUCAACAUGCAAAUUCUCAACAUUGUUCUUCAUGCAUUUCUUGUGGUAUACUCAUAUAAAAGGAGAAUUUGUUUUGAAAUAACAACGUUUUAGCAUUGGUGUCAAUCUCCUUUAUUCUUCAACUGUAUUGUUUUAUUUUCACAGUUAUACUUUAAGGGGAAAUUAGAUAUUGGUCAGACUCUCUUGGAGUUUUAAAGGACUCUCAGUACUUUCAAUCUUUUUAUAAUGUUUGCAGGUAAAGUUGGAAAGUAUUGGGGCAGAAGACAUAGUGGAUGGUAAUGAGCGUUUAAUUCUGGCUGUCAUUUGGAUGAUUAUACUGCGAUUUCAGAUUGCAGAUAUCUCUUACCAGGUAAAAUUUGUGUAAAAUGUGGUUAAAAUAAUAUUCUUUACACACACUAAGGGCACUUACUAGAGGUCAAAACAUAUUGGCCAAUCCUGCUAUCUUACUUGUACAGAAGACUGUUUAUUCAUUGUUUUGAUUUUACUUUUAAAUUAUUAUAUUUUUGAUAACAUUAGGAUGAAAUGUCCAAGGAGAAGAAGUCCGCCAAAGAAGCUUUACUUCUUUGGUGUCAGAGAAUGACAAGAGGGUAGGUUUUAUACUAACAUGCAGUGAAUAUCCCAAGGUGCAUAGAUUAAUAAAUUCUUGAAUUCCUGUGAUACUUAAAAAACCAUAACACACAUGCUAUAAAAACAACUUUUUUUACUGUUAAAGUGACCAUACAAAGUACCAGACUAUAGGAAAAAAGAGAAAAUAUUGAAACUUAACAAUUAAGGUGUGUGUUCCUUUGCUAUGAUCCAGAUCAGGAUAAUCAAUCUGAGAUCACUCCGAUCAAAGGGACAUCAAAAGAACCAAUGAAUCCUUUUUUUACAGUGGAUUGGUUUGUUCCUUUGAUGUGCUGUGAUUGGACUGGUCUUGGAUCACUGAUUCUGAUCUGGAUCAUCCCAAUGGAAUUCACCCUAGGUAAAGGCUACUUAUACAUGUAAUAAUUAUGUAUAGUCUAAGGGCACUUUCCAAAAGUCAGAACUGGCCGGCUGGACCAUAACAGGACCAGUCAUUUUGAACAAUGAGAUAGGCUUUUUCCGAGAGUUUUUGCUGAAAACCCAUCUCCUUUCAACAAGGCUUUUUAGGUUUUGACUGAUCUGGUUGGAUAGUAUUGAGUAAAAGUGAAAUUCUCAUUAUGACUGGAAUGGUCUGGCUGGUCAGUUCUGACAAAAUUAAUGGAAAGCACCCCCUCUUUACUCUGAGAAAAAGCAAGUUAAUUUCUUCAAAUCCUUGAGUGAUGUGACAAUGUCAAAGCAAAGUCAUGUCGCACGGUACAGCUGUAGAUGGUUUUGAGAACCUUUGGGGUUGGCAGGUUGACCCGUUUAUGUUGUUCUACUUUAAAUUUUCUUAGUUUCUUAUAGUUGAAUUUGUAUUUUCACAGUUAUCCUGGAGUUGAUGUUCAAAAUUUUACUACAAGUUGGAGAAAUGGACUGGCCUUUAAUGCUCUUAUUCAUAAACACAGGUGAAUAUCACCUUACUAACUAAAGCAGUUUGAGUGACUACACAAAUAAAGUGCUAUGACAUUUAUUACAUAAUAUUCCACUGACUACUAUCAACGACUCACUUUAGAAAGCUGGUUUACUAACUUAGAACAAACGCCAACUGCCUCGUAGUCAACAGUUACUGGCACCAUACAAACGACUCAUUGACUGAAUCAAGCAAAAUGGCAUGUAUUUUUAAAUGCUCAGAAAUGGAACUAGAUGAUAUUGAACACAACACCAUUUUAAACCAAGUGGUGAAAUUAAUUUUUUCAGGUUGUAUGAUGCAAUUGUUAGUAGUGGUUUAAGUAGAACAUGUAGGUACAGUAUAUGGAGGAGGCAGGGCUCUGUCUGGUCCUGUCCAACCAUCUGAGACAAAUAGAUUCCCUUGUCAGGAAGUACAUUGUAACUGUCCAAUGGGCAAAGGCCCAUGCAAGUCAUCCUCUAUGUUAAUCUUAAAUUUGGAGAUGGGUGCAACAGCCCUGGGCAAGCAAAAUAAAUUUGCCAGCUGCCUGCCUAAAGGGUAAGGACAACCUGAAAUGCAAGUUUUUUUUAAGCCCUGGGUGGGACUCACCUACAAUACUCAUCACAAAUCGUUGAAACAGAAACCGUUUCUCUUGAAUUUAUUUUUUCGAAAAUUUCUUACAUUUACUCUUCACACCUUUCUUCUCACUCAAAUGUGCCCCUCUUCUUCCCCAAUGUUGAGCGACGUACAUUUUGGAGCACUGAGACACCUGUAAUACCCAAAUCAAUAUUCGGGAAGUACAAACGCACACAAGUAAUUCAAGAUUUUUGACGAGAAUCGUAGGGUGUAGAGUUUCCUCUGGUUAUGUGCCCAAUCAGGAAGUCAAGUCAUUUAAACAGUGCAUUAUGUAAUGAAAUAACCUACAUGUAUUAUUAAUUUUUGGAUGUACUUUGCAGACCUGAUAUCAUUAACUAUAGCUUGUUGCGGCCCAGUCAGCAUGAAGCAAAUCUGAACAAUGCAUUUAAUAUUGCUGAAGAAAGUCUGGGAAUAACCAAACUUUUGGAUGCAGAAGGUAAAUGCAUAUGUGUUGUUACCAUGCUCUUUUCACUUAGAAGUAGAUUAAAUAUUGUGUUGCAAAAGCAGCAUUUCUAGUCUUAUAAUCAAGUAAAUUAAUUUUUAUCUUUAAAAUUUAAAGGCCAAAACCUUGUUUAUGUAGUAUUUGAGUGUAUUUUUAUCACCUUUGUUGAUUCUUUCUUCAAAUUUAGAUAAUUGGCCUAAUAGUAUUAUAAAUUUAAUUUUUUUAGAUGUGGAUUGUCCACGACCAGAUGAGAAGUCCAUCAUGACAUAUGUUUCAAUGUAUUACCAGUAUUUUGCUAAGAUGAAGAGUGAAGAAACUGGAGGAAGGCGUAUCGCUAAGGUAAGGGGUUAUUCUAUUAGCAAGUUCUUGUAAUAAAUUCACCCAAAAUCCAAGCUUUUUCCUUUACUUUAAUCCCCUUUUGAAAAUCAAAAUGAAAGGAACAAACAAACUACAAGUGUUUUCCUGCUUUUGAAAGUGGUUAUAAAACAGACUAUCUAACCAUUCUGAUCACAUCAGGGUUCUCCCAAUUUUGCUUUGCUUGCAUGAUUUAUCCAUGAUCAAACGAUUGGACAGUGUGUAUAAAAUUUACAAACAUCAUGGACAGAAAAAGGUACUUAAUUUGAGUGUCAAUGUAUUUAGCACGAAGUUGCUAAUUGGGGACACUAUUUUUUCGUCUCCUACUGGAGACGGGACCACCAUUUUACAUGGUCAUCAGAGCCACGCAAAGGUCUAGCUAUUUGUAGGGCAAAGGUAGUACCUUUAUUUCUCUGUUAUUUUAAGACCCUGAGUAUUGGUCCACUCCCGGGUAUCAAACCUACUGCCUCCUGCUCUGCAGUCAAGCACUCCACUGACUGAGCUAAUCCUGCAGGGUCUAUUAGGUUAUUGGAGAUUAACCCUCUUUAACUUAAACAUCUAACUGUGUUGGCAAAUUACUAACAGAAGAGUCUAAUAAUUUAUAAUGAAAAUUGAUAAAGAUUUGUUUUUGAUCAACAGAUAGUAGGAAUCUUGAUGGAGGUCGAGCAGAUGGAGAAAGAUUAUGAACGGAUGGUCUCAGAUUUAUUAAACUGGCUCAACUCAAAAAUUCUUGAACUUGGGCGACCCUUCCAGAAGUCUAUGACAGCAGUCCAGAGAGAAAUGGCAGAAUUCAAACAUUUUCGAACUGUUGAAAAGCCACCCAAGUAUGAUGAUUUACAUUAUUUUAUACACAGUCAAACCCCGUUAAUAUGGGUGUCUGUCUUAAGUGGGUCAUGUAAUUUAGGUCCCAGCAUGAGCCCCCAUGCAAGCAAGCUCUCCAGGGCAAGUCAUAUUUUAAAAGGUGGCGGCAACUAAAAUUUACUUGCCGACGGGGAUCUCAAUUUUUUUUGCCUGCCCUGGUCUUUUUUGGGAUUUGUGCCUGACAAUGCUGUUGAAUGUAACAAAAAGGAGGGUCCUGUGCAGCAUCUUAUGUGUUGAACAUAAUGACAAAUUGUUGAUGAAAUGCUGUCAUUUUUUUACUCAGACAUUUCAGCAAUGCCACCUUCACAAAGGCCUCCUACAGCAGUACAGUAGCUUUUGCAGUUCACUUAACCAAUUUUUUUAAAACUCUUUCUCCUAAUAGGUAUUCAGAACGAGUGAAUAUUGAAGCUCAUCUCUUCAGUUUGCAAACAAAACGCAAAGGUAACAAUCAGCGGCCCUAUGUCCCACCUGAGGGGAGACUUGUCAUGGACAUUAACAAGGCGUGGCAGAUAAUGGAGAGUGCGGAACAUGACAGGGAAAUGGCGUUACGCCAGGAAUUAAUCAGGUAAUGACCAGGUUUAUACUAUUAGGACAUGGCAAGAUAUGAUUACAUUCUUGAACUCUUCUAAAAGGAACCCAAGGUCCCAUCCAACAGUCUCGCUGGCCAAGUGACAAAAUCAUGAAUUAAGGUGAGAAAGAAGUGACCCUGCCCUAAACAACCAAUAAAAUGCUGAUGUAAAUGUCUGCAUAUUGCAGUGGGCAAAAAGAAUGAUAAUAUUACACCUAUCUGAAACAGAGUUAAUAGGAAAUGUUAGUCAAUAUACCUGUUUAUGCACAAACCCAGUCUUGGCUGCAUAGAGAAGAUGAAAAUUUUCAACAACCUUUUCUUUCAUUUGUCAUGCUCUUUUUGUCUUUCCUUCAUUAAUCUAUUGUUGGCCCAGUUCUCUAAUACUGUGAAAAAAAAAAAAAAGGCCUAAACAAAGGUGAUGGUCGCAGAAAGUUUGCACUUAAGAGGUUUUUUCGUUAAAAAUGCAUUACAGGGAGAAGGUACUUACAGACCAUGGAAAUAUGUUAUGCAUUACUUUUGUUGCUAUUAAAAUCAUGUUUGUGGUAUUUCUAGACAAGAGAUGCUUGAGAAACUUGCUGACAAGUUUGAAAGAAAGGUAUUAAUAUGAUGCUUAAAACGUUAUCUUGUAGAGGGUUUUACUUCUGGUUUGCUUGUCACAAAGUAAUUUGUAUGGACAGUAGUCCAGUGCCAUCUCUGAUUCCCUGUCCUAUUCCAAACUUCCUUGUACUAUUUUACCUGUAUGGAAUCGUACACUCAAGAGCCAAAAAUUUUUGUCAACUGCACAAACCAUGCAGUAAUGCUCAGUCCUCACGUUUGGGUAUUUUUAAAUAGCAGUUGACUUUCUCUUAAUGGACAGCUCUAUGAGACAGACACCUCAGUAAAAUGGACACAUAGAGGUGGUCCCUGCUAUUAAUUACUCCUUUUAAUUGAAACUCUUUAAGAUGGACAUCACUCAAAGACCGAUGUUUAAUAAUGGUCCCAGAGGUGUCCGUCUUAGAGUUGACUGUAACCCUAUAAUUAAAAGGAUUAGUAAAUAACUGACACCAUCUUGCAGGCUUCCCUAAGAGAAUCUUGGUUGGAUGACAUGAUGCACGUUCUUGAAGGUGAAGAACUUGGUCAGGACGCAGCCACUGUGGAAGCAGCAUUCAAGCGUCAUGAAGCUAUUAGUACUGAUAUCAAGGCCAGGGUGAGUGUUCUAUUGUAAUUCCCCUACAGUUAACUACUGCUUGAGCCAUUAAAUUUCAAAAACACCAGAAAUCCAAAUGCAAGGCAGUCUCAUGUUUGAAUCCUUCACACUUAGAUACUGUCCACAUUGAAAAGAACAAUGGUUUGCCUAUGGGCAACUUGCAGUAAAAACCAUAUGCCAGUCCAGGGGUUCAAUUUUGCUCACCCCAGACUACCAGAUAGAUUUUUUUGGCAUGCUCUUGAAACAUGUUGUAAGCCUACAUGUGUAAAAGGUUCGUUGGCAACUGCUUUGGUGAGUUCUAAUUUUCUUUGUAGGAGGAACGGUUUCAAAUGGUUUUUGACUUAGCACAAGAGUUGAUUGAUGAAGAUUACCACAGAGCUGAUUUUAUCAGUGAAAGGUACACAGUCAUAUUAUAACAUCUGUUUCCUCCCCCUCUUCCCUAAUUUGCCAUUGUCAAAGCACCCCCCCCCCAAAGUGACCAUUCAUAUUUGAAUUUUUUAUAGCUCACAUGACCAUUCUGUUUGGUCAUGUGGCUUUCCCUGCCUUUUGAAAAGAUAACAGUUGUUCAUGGAACCGUGAAAUGGUCAUGAAUGCUUUACAGAAGAACUUUUCAGUGUGGCAAAUUAAUUUGAAAAGGUACAAGGUUGAUGAUAUUUUAUGCAGAAGUGGAGAUGUUUCAACAGAGAUCUCUCCUGGCAGGUUUUUUAGAGCAUUUUGAAAUGUAAUUAUUGCCUUUGUAAAAGUGAAUGAAAGUUUAAGGACCAAAUGGGUGCUCAGAAUGAUCACCUGAGCUAACAGGGGUUCUAACAGUUUUUUUUAUUGCUGCAGAGGCACAGAACUUAGAUUUCUUACAUCUGCAUUUAAACCUUUUAUGCUCUAUGCAAGUUGCAAGUUUUCUUAUAGUCUGCUACACAGCCGUUUUUAGAGUCGUCACGCAACGUUUGAGGAGGAGCGUUGCGUGACGACACUAAAAACGGCUGUGUAGCAGACUACUUUUCUUAGAGCACACUGACAGCCUUACACCUCCCUUCAGGAUAAGAGAGCCAGCAACAACAGUUCCAUGCACCUGUAACUUUGUUGUUUCACUUAUGAUUGUUGUGUUCAACAGAGAGGAGGUGAUAAUGACUAAGUGGGAUAAACUGAUUGGUAAACUUGAGGCUCGCCGAAAGACCCUGGUGGGCUUUAGAGAUCUUGUUGGAUUGUUCAGAGAAAUGGAUGGUGCUCAUGGAGACAUGCAAGAUAUUGAGGUACUGAACCCUUUAGGUCUCAAGAGUGACCAACAUCAAUUUUCUCCUAACAACAGUAGCAGAUCAUCAAGAAUAAAGGAUAUGAGAAUUACUAAAUUGAUUACCAAAGGGAGAACGCCUUGAUCUUAAAUCAAAUUCUCUCAACUAUUCUUUAAAGAAAUGUAUGGAGAUCAGUCUCGAGAAUUUGUAUGUGGAUUUUGGGGGUUAAAGGGUUAAGACAGGUUAUUAUUUAAGACAGGUGAGUUAACCAAUACCCUUAAUUCCCUGUUGUAGGCAACUGUGGGAUAUGAGGAUCAUGGAGAGCAACUGUUAGAUGUUGAAUUUGUUAGUCCUCCACUCACCUAUUGCACUGAAAGUUUUAGAGCAUUAGCAGUCACCCAUUAAUUUUCUUAUGACAAUGUAAAGGUUGCAUGUGUUGGUCACAAAUUAAGAUCUAACAUCUUGUCAAAUUAACACCUUGUGUUAUGAAUUCUCCACAAAACUUUAGCUUUUGUAAAAGACCAAAACAGAAUGCGCAUAUAAUUGCCCUGUCACAAUUUUCAUACAAUAACAUUUUGCUGUCUUUUUCUUCUUGUCCUGGCCCAGGUUGUUCAAACGUUGGAUAGCACUAUCCACCGGAUAAAUCACUAUCCAGCGAAUAAGUAUUAGGGAAAUCAAUAUUGUGCCAUCUGCUGGAUAGUGAUUUAUCCAAUGAAUAGCGCUAUCCAACAUUUGAACAACCAGAGACAGUUGUACAAGCUGCCUAAAAAAAAUUGCGUUCCUGUAAUAACAGGCAGAUGUUUGAGUGGAAAGGGGUUAUUAUGGUUAAGAAUAAUUUUAUGCUUAAAGACUUUGAUUGAUUGAUUGAUUCACUUUUAUUUGAAUACGGUAAUUUCAUAAGUUACAUAACUUCUUUACAUGAAAGCCGUAUAGAAACAGAAGUAAAUACUGUACAACUACACUAAAAAUACGUACAAAUAAUAAAAUAUAGUAAAAUGUAGUCAACAGUUUGCCCGCCUACUAGCCAGUUUUCUUUUAAAGAUAGCUUUAGAUUCGGACGCUUUUAUGUCAUUUGGUAAAGAAUUCCACAGCAUUCCUCCUCUGUAUGAGAAAGACCCCUUAUAACAUUCCGUUUUUGGAACGUGGUCCAGUACAACAUUAUAUUCCGCAUUUCUUAGCAUAGACUUAUAAGGGUUGUUCUCACAGACAUUCGAGAAAAGAUCGCUUAAGUAACUAGGUAUAUUUCCAUUCACUGUAUCAUACAUUAAUAGACUUAAGUGCCUUUGACGCCUCGAGGCAAGCUCUUCCCAGUUUAGCUGUUUUCGUAUUUGUGCUGAACGAACGUCAUAACCUUGAAAGGUUAUUAUGCGUGCAGCACGAUUUUGUAAUUUCUGGAUCCUAGUGGCAAGUGCCUGGUCUAAAUUGUCCCAAACAACGUCGCAGUAGUCGAACACAGGCUGGAUAAGAGAUUUGUAAAUAGUAUUUAGAACAUCUAAUGGUACAUAAUCACGUGCCUGUUUUAGACCACUGAUGGAUCGAUUGACUUUUGAACAAAGUUUGUCAACAUGCUCGUUCCAUUUAAGAUUUUAAGAUUUUCAUCUAAGUGAAUUCCUAAAUAUUUUGUUGUUUGGACUCGUUUAACAUGAUUGUUGUAUAUGUUCUACAGGCUGCUGUGAGGUCGGAAGAUUACGGCAAGCAUCUGCUAGAUGUUGAAAAUCUCCUUCAUAAGCACAGCCUGAUUGAAUCUCAAAUUCAGUCCCAAGGAGAGAGUGUACAACGCAUCAACAAUGUUGCACAAAAGUUUAUCAAAGCAAAGCAUCCUGAGAUUAGAGUCAUAAAGGAAAGACAGACACUGCUUACCCAGGCUUUUGAGGUAAGCAAGUUUUGAUGAAACUAACAAGGACAGAGUGACUGGACAACUGACAUUUUGACUAACAAUAAGCAACUGUUUAACGGUGACAUAAGAUGGAUCAAAAGACACCAAUGACAUCUAGGAUCUUCAUAGCCAAUAACAGCAUGGGUUAAAUUUCAGACGACCAAUAACAUCGCGACUUAAAGUCAGUUUUACAGCUUGCCAUUCGGGCAAGCUGUAGCUAGCAUGUACUAGCCCGAACGUCAUUUCAACUAGCCCGAAAAAAAUUUGAUGAGCAGAAUUGAUUACAGUUCUUCUGUAAUUUGAAUUUCCCCCAAAUCACUUGCCCAUCGGGCAAGUUAAGAACAGAAUUCACUAGCCCGACAGCAAAAUCCACUAGCCCUAGGCUAUCGGACACCAUGCACUUUCUUUGCACGCUGUUAAGUCAAUAAGCAGAGUUUAAUACCAUCAACUGACGUGAUACAACUCACUUUGGUUCUGAAGAUGACUAACCGCACAGGUUGUCAAAAGGUCAUUUACUGUCAACAACAACAGUCCUCUUCAAUGGCAUGCUCUCCCUGACCAUCAUGCUCCACCUUCUUAUGAAAUGACUCCGGCCUGGACUCAAACCUUUCACAAGGCUUAUACUGGUUUGACUUCAUUGUAGUAGAUCAUAACUGUAAAUCUGUAAAGGUACCAAAACACCUUGGUUUAAGUUCUACAGAAGAGGGUUUUGUUUGAAUGAUCAUAUUACAGAUUCAUCUACAGAUUUGACUUGUUUUUUUUUUGUUUGAAGGGAUUAGUUCAGCUGGGAAAAGAACGUCGAGCAAGGCUUGAAGACUCCUUGAGACUUUACAAAUUCUUUGGUGAUAUGGAGGAAGAAGAAAUGUUUGUGAAGGAAACUGAGAAAGUUUUAUCAUCUAAGGAGGUUGGGAAAGAUCUGAUAAGCUUGACAAGACUCCAACAAAAGCACAAGGUUAGUUAUAGAAAAAGAUUGAUUGUAACCCAUGAAACAGUAGAUGGGCUCUCCUGAUUGACCCCCCCUCCCCGUCCUCCAUCCUCUCGUACUCUUUAAGUAAUAGGGAGUUUAAGAUACCACAACAGCGACGGCGGCGAAAACGUCACUUAAUAGUGACUUCACGUUGUUUGAAACUGUAGCGCGAUUAGCACAGCUGGCUCACUUUGUCCAAUGUAGGCAAACUUUCCUGGAUUUGAAUUCUUAAGAAAGAUGUUCAAGUUUAAAGAGAGAAAGAGAAGUUCGUCUUCGUAUCUUCACGUUGUCGAUAAAACGAGAAAUUAGGCAAUUCACGUCGUAGUCGUGCAGUGACAGCAAAGAAAUGUACAAAAAAGCAUGCACGUGCUGAGUGUUGUUUUGCUAACCUAAACCUAUUGCUUUCUUGACGUUCUCGUUGCCGUCGCCGUACUCUUAAACUCCCUGUUGAUUACUGUAUUAUACUGUAUUAUACUGUAUAUACAUGUAUAAAUCAUAGACCAAUACUUAAUUUAGUCAGAAAGAAUUAUACCCAAAACCAGGGGGACUCACCAUUUUACCCAAACUGCAGACAUUUUCAGAUGGAGUGUUAAUGGUAAGAUGAUUUUUGGAAAUUCCAGUGGAACAGUGAGGACCACAUUUUGGGAUAGUCCUUUCGUUCUGGUUUGUUUAAACUAAUCAGAAUGUUUCUUAUUACCAUUCACCCUUCUCUUGGUUCCAGUCUUACACCUUUUUAGAUCUAAAGUGCCAUGGAAAUGGUAAUUUGAGGGUCAUACGGUAAAUCACUUUCCAUUAUGCCACUACACGGGUAGAUGUGGUAAGCUCCCCUGUUCAUUGUGACUGUGUUUUUCUUAUUAACAGGCUCUGGAGGCUGAGAUGAGUGGCCGCUUUGCACACUGUGAGACAGUAAUCGCCAAAGGACAGUCUUUGAUUGACAGAGGUCAUUAUGCUUCUAAGGAGAUUAGGGCAAAGAUUAAACAACUACAGCAGAACUGGAUGAAACUGAAAGAACUUUUGAUCACAAGAUCAGACAGACUCAAAGAUGCAGCUCAAUCUCUUCAGGUAAAUAAUCAACUACAGCUUCAAUUUACAGUUCUUUUAUUCCUGUAUUAUUAAUAGUGCAGUUCAGAGCUCCAGUGUCAAGCAGCAAGAUCUGUUGUAGUAACUUCUUUCCUUCUUAUGUGCUACAGGGUAUUAGGGAGGUUAAGUAGGGAGCUUUAGCAACGACGACGGCGACGGCAACCAGGACGUCAAAAAAGCAAUAGGUUUAUUACGCAAAAAAAACAACUUUGCACGUGCAUCACGCCUUUUUGUACAUUUCUUUACCGUCCUUGCACGACUACGACGUAAAAAUGCCUAAUUGCAAGUUUUAUGGAGGACGUAAACAAGCGACGAGGAAUCUCUUUUUCUCUCUCUAAACUUGAGUGCGGUCCUCAAGAAAUCGACUCCAGGGAAAUUCGCCUACACUUGCCACUUUCAGCCAUUGGAAUAAACGCGACAAAGAUUGAAAAAACGGGAAUUCAUUUUAAAACUGACGUUUUCGCUGCCGUUGCCGUCGUCGAUGCUAAAACUCCCUAUUAACGACGAUGGCUACGGCGACAAGAAGGGCAAAAAAGCAAUAGGUUUGUUUAGCAAAACAAUAAUGUUGUACGUGCAUCAUGCUUUUUUGUACAUUUCUUUGCCGUCGCUGUAUGACUAUGACUUGAAACUGACUAAUUUCACGUUCUCGAGAGGACGUGAACGAAAUUCAACGACCCUCUUUUUCUUUUCCUGAUUAUUGAUAGAGUCCUUUAGAAUUCAACUCCCGAAAAAGUCGCCAAGAUUUGAGGAAAUGAACAAGAUGGAAUAAGCGCGAUAAAGUUUCAAGCAGCGUGAACUCACUUUUUAAGUGAAGUUUUCGUAGCCGUCGCCGUCCUUGUUGCCUAAGCUCCCUAUUAUACAGGUCAGGGCUGUCACUAAGUUUUCAAGUUACAGAGUUAGUAGGCAAUAAGUAUGAGGGGAAUUGAACAGUUGGGAAGUUGUUUUGGUCCUGUUUUCCUUUUUCCCUAUGAAAAUAGCUGGGGGUGGGCAUCAUGCUCGUAGUAGCUGGGGAAAAUCCCUAGUCCUUGGCCCUAGGUAACAACCUUUGCAGCCCCUAAGAAACUGACCUAGCCCUAUUACAACUCCUAAGAAACUGUCCUAGCCCUGUUACAACUCCUAAGAAACUGUCCUAGCCCUGUUACAACUCCUAAGAAACUGACCUAGCGCUGUUACAAUUCCUAAGAAGCUGACCUACCCCUGGUACAUCUUCUAAGAAACUGACCUAGCCCUGUUAUAAAGCCUAAGGAAAUGGAAUCUUAAAUAUAUAUUUUACCAUGCAAAAGUUCUCCUAAAGUUGUCCUAGUUCGUUUGAAUUGAAUUGGUUACAUCACAGGAUUUUAGCUACAUAUUAGAUUAAGAGUGAUUUUUGUAAAUCCCACUGUCAGGAUUUGGUCUAGGAAAGGAAGGGUUAAUUUCAGAUAAAGAGCUUGACACACUCUGUAUUCUUUUCUAACUUCAAGACAUGUUGAACGUAAUGCAUUGUUAAUGCAUGGUGCAAUUCCAAUAUUUUUACUUGUUUGCAGUACAUUGUAUUGUCAUUGGUCAAUGACGGAUUUAUAUUAAUUUUGCUGGCAGUAUUACUCAAUGGCAAAUGAUUUUUACUUGCUUGCAGUAUUAUUCAGACGCCAAUGAUGCAGAGUCUUGGAUGACAGAGAAAAUGUAUGUAGUGAGUAGUGAAGACUAUGGCAGAGAUGAGCAGAGUGCUAUGGUAGGUUUACACAACAUUAUUCUUUGCAAAGAUCAAAUCAUAAACAGUUUGAAAAGACUAGUCAUCAUCAUCAUCAUCAAGCCUCCACGCUAUCUGACCAACACUUUCUGUCUUGUGCAACCGCUUUGGCUACUUCCCAGCUCUUCCACCCAGCUUUGUUUCACUCUUUCUCGACUGUCCUUCUCCAAGUAGUUUUUGGUCUUCCUCUUGCCCUCCGACCUUCAAGAGGCCAUCCUAAAGCUGUAAAGCAGUCGUUCUCACUCUCUCUCUCUAGUAUGUGACCUAGCCAGUUCCACUUUCUUCGUCGUACUUCACAGCUUAUGUCAUUUAUCUCGGAAAAGACGAGUACAGUCACAUAAAUCUACAAUGUAUGGAGUCUUCAACCAUCCUACGAUCAGUUAUUUCUUUUGAUGACUCGUAUUAAGAAGCUACAUGUGUGUCCCAAUAUUUUAGUUAUACGGUGCUCGCUCUUUCUCUGUAGCUGCACCUACUCGCUGGAAUUCCUUUCCAGUAGAUAUUAAAAACGCGCAAACUUUGUUUCUAUAUAAAAGAAAGCUCAAAACAUUUUUGUUUAAUAAAUUUUAAUUUAGUUUUGUUUAUUUCUUAUACAUCAUUUCUUACAUUUGUAAAGCGCGCUGAGAUUAUGUAGCUGUGCUCAAGAAAAAUGUCACUAUUAUUAUUAUUAUUAUUAUUAUUAUUAUUAUUAUUAUUAUUAUUAUUAUUAUUAUUAUUAUUAUUAUUUCGGCUCAGCUUUGACCAAAAAAAAAUGUGGAACUCACAAUGGCGUAGUUCCUUAAGUAUUGAUUUUAGUGAUGAGGGAUCAAUGUGUGACUGUGGUUUUGUUCAUUUGUUUUAAGUCGCUACUGCAAAGACACACAAAUGUGAUAGAUGAGAUAAAAGGAUUUGCUGAUGAUGUGAAUAGACUCAGAGAACAAAGCAAACUGAUGGAGAGCAUUGAGAUGGCAGCAGAGGUAACACAAACAAAAAUAAAUAACAAUAAAAUGUGCUUUACAAUGAGUACUUGAAUGAGGACCUUCUUACACCAGCAGAUGUAACACAUUUGUUGAGGAGGUCUGCAAUUUGCUUUUCUUUGCACAACAGCAAAAAGCCCUUUUCUUCAGCUCUGGACCAAACAUUUUUCUUUCCCUUUGUCGGCCUUCUCAUAUUGACUCGAUCGAAGAAACAAAUCAGUAGUUGGCACCUCAGGGAAACGAAAAUGCGUUGCAAUUUGUAAACAAUUUUUUCCCUGCCAGUCCCCGGUAGGCACGCGAAAUUGUUCCUGCCAAACCUCAACGCAUGCGUACGAUGUAUUCGCGUCUUAUAUAAGACAAGAAGGACAUUUAUACGAAAUUUUUCUUGUCUUAGCUAAGACGCGUCUUAUUUCAGACGAAAUGUGCCAUUUAUACGGGAAGUUUGCGUCUUAUUUUUCCUCGUAUAAAUGGCCCUUUUUUCGUAAAGAAGAAACGAAAGAAAUUAACGUUUACUGAGUGUCUUUAUGUCUGAUAAAGACAUAGCUAAACUUUACGUCCAAUUUUUUAGACCAGAAUAACCCCACAUGUUAAUGUUAGUGCGAGAAUGAGUUGAUCUAUAUCAGUGAUUUUGAAGCCGUUCAAAACUAGCAGUCUUGUAUUAUCAGGUGUAAACUCUCGGCUUCACUUCGAGUUGUUAAACUUUACAGUACGUGGUUAGCAAAUAUUGUGUUAUAAAUCAUUAUUUUAGACAAAGUUUGAAGUUUAUGAAGAAGAAGCAGAAGUUGAAACAGACGAGGAAGUAGAGGAGAUCGUAGAAAAAGAAGUCAUAAAAGAUGUCGUACAAGAGAUCAAAGUUCCACAGGUCAAAGCCCUAUAUCCCUUCACUGGACAGGGACUCAAAAUGGCCAAGGGAGAGGUGGGUAGAAUGAUAAAAUUGGACAUCAAGCUACAUAAGGAGGUGGCUGAGAUCAGACGUGAUAUACCAAGGGAGAGGUGGGAAGAGUGAUGAAAUUGGAUAUCGAGUUCCAUAUAGAGGGGGUUGAGUUUAGAUUUGAUAUACCAAGGGAGAGGUGGGAUGAGUGAAAAAAUUGGACAUCAAGCUCCAUAUGGAGGGGUUGGGAUCAGACUUAAUAUACCAAGGGAGAGGUGGUUCAGGUUGGAGUGAAAAACGUCGAUAUCAAAGCUGCUUUUUGAAGGGUUUGGUCAGAUACAAAAUGACGCAGGGAAUUGUUGGUAGGAUAAUUAAGUUUGAUACUGAAUUAUUGAGGAAGGCUUAUGUUAGAGUAGAGGGGGGAGGGUGCAUAUAGGUUACAAAAGCCGGACCCCAUUUAAGACACUUUCUCAGCACCAUUAUAAUCACAUGCAAUAAAUGGCCCUAAAAUUAAUAAUAAUAAUAAUAAUAAUAAUAAUAAUAAUAAUAAUAAUAAUAAUAAUAAAAUUAAAAAUAAUAACAACUUAGUUCUUAAAAUUCGUUCUCCAUUAUUAAUUACAAUAGCAUAACUUCUUAAACCACUGGCAAACAGCUUCCACUGUCAUUCAUUGCCCAAGUUCAGGGAGUGCACAGCCUGAUUUCUGAUUUUGGAAAUAGGUAGUAAUUAGUAUUGAAGUAAGUGGUGACUGUUUGCAGUCUAUUACUCACCUAAUAACUGUUUCAACGUCACUUUGCUAGGUUUUCUUCUUGAUAGCUAAGACUAACAAGGAUUGGUGGAGUGUAAGGUAUGUUAAGAAAUAUAAUUGGCUUUACAGGGGUUCCAAAAUUACUGGUAAACCAAUAGUUUGCAUCGUGGCCCACAAUUAAGGACAGAAACAAGUAAUUAAAAUAAAUAUGACAACGUGGUAAGAAACUCAGCUGGCUAGAGUCUAAUAGAUUUUUUACAAGUUUGGCCGAGGAGUUGAAUUCGGGACUACCAUGAACAAAUCCAGAUAUCAGGAGGGAUGCGACCAGGACGCAGGUGGGACUAGAAAUCAGGGCCUCCGCUCGGCCAUGCUGCCUUCUUCACCUAGUAUUUGUUUGUUUGUUUGUAGGAUUUUGUCUUUUAAGAUUUUUAGUGUCUAUUGAAUUGCUACCCAAAGAUUGUUACUACAAAAACAAAAGCUUAAACUUGAUACCGGUAUAUUCUCUGAUUAUUUUUGUUGCCUUCAGGCGUUUAACGUCCAAAGAAGCUGGCUAUGUUCCUGCUAACUAUGUAAAGGAGAUUGAAGCCAGAACCGUCAAGAAAGCUACCAAGCAGAAAGUUAUGGUCCCUGAAAAGGUCAAGGUGAAACGCAGAGUGAAAAAGAAGGUUAUAGUUCAAAAACAACGAGCUGUGAAAGUGCAAAAGACUCCGGAAAAGAAAGGUGUGUGAAAUUGUCUUGUACCACACAUUUUUUUUAGCAACUGUUGGAACAAAAACAAGGGCCAAAAUGAGGAAGAAAGUCGACAAAACGUAGAUUCAUGAAUCUGAAAUCAAAACGUUUCAGAUUUAUCUUGUGUCCAGAGAUUUUUAAUUCAAAGUCUAGAGUGAAUAUUUUGUACCCAAAUGAAUGUUCUCAGAUAAACUGAACAGUGUAAACUCCUUUGAAUCCGAAUACCAUUAAUAGAAUAAAUCCGGAAACAUUUAUGAAUCCAGAAAAAUCUUCUCAAGUGCAAACGUAGCUGAUAAGUUCUCUUUAUGUCAGGCAGCAAAUAGGAGCUCUAAUAGCAUUGCGGGAUAUACUUUAAAUUAUUUUUAUUGUACAUUGUACUCACUAUCUGUUUUCUCAUUGCCUAAGAGCCUUCAGUUAACUUUGGAUAUCAGCGCAACGUACAGAUUAGUUAGUUGUCUUCUUGCAGAUAACUAAACAAUCUCAAGGUUGUGCGAGCAAUGUUUGAUUUUAAGAGCAGUUCUGUGCGACUAUGCGUUUGUCAUUACUUUCUUCAAAACAGUGUGUAAUAAAACAAUUUUACGUAUUUUUUGUGAUGUCUGGAAUGGUCAAGGUCGAGGUAAGUGUUUUGGCCUCUGCUGAUAACACUUCUCGAGACCUUGAUUAUUCCGGAUAUCACAUUUGCCUCAUCCAGUAAUUGUUUUUAACUCGACAGGAAAGUCACGUCGUCCCGUCAGACGUCACUUUACGGCUCAUUUUGACCGUGAUAAUGUUGCAACGAGACAGGUUUCAUUGCAGAAUUUGUACUCAAGACUGGUGGAAAUGGCAGAGGUAAAUCGCAUUUGUAUGUUUUCAGGGUUAGGGCUUGUCUACAAAGAAGGUGGGGGACCCCAGGAAGGUGUUGUAACCCGUAACCCGUAACCCGCCUUUCCUUUUAACCUCUCUUAUUGUCACCUCAAGAAGAAGAAGAUGGGGUAUUUUCCUCUUUUUUUUGCCUAUUAUGAUGUUCUUUUCGCUUGCUUGGAAAAAAUGGAGUUCUCUCUUUUCGCGGCCAAUAGUGGAAGUGUCUUUUACACAGCAUUCGCUGUAAAGACAGAAAAUAGGUGGGUCCUAUUUUUAAGGUACGUGAAUCAUUCUUCAUCAUUAUUCACCGUUUUCUUUUUCCUAUUUUUUGUGGAUUUAGAUUCGACGUGAAAAUCUCGAGAACUCCAUCAAGUAUUUCCACUUCUGUCAUGAAUGUGACGACAUUGAAGCGUGGAUGAAAAACAAGGUUUGUCUUGAUUUUCUUGAACACAACUCGUUACUCAAUAAAAUGCAAUGACUGUAAGUUUUAAGUUCUUAGCACUGAAAAGUACAGGCGCUAUAUAAAUAUUUAUUAUUAUUUUUCUUAUCAUAAGUUUUCUAAAAAUGUUCAUCAGGCUAUAAUUACUCGAUUGAAUAUUUGUUUAGUCUUUUUUUUUUCUUUGACCUGCAAUCUGGCCGAAUUUUAGCAGUGCUGUCAUUCUCUUAGAGUAACAUGUUCCCAAGGUCCUCAACUCCUCCGUGGACGAGUAGGAGAGGACCCUGGAAACGAGGUUGUCUCUCACGUGGUUUGUGCUAGCCUUUUGCUCGGUUCAAAGUUGUACAUUUUUAUGAGCUUGCGGCCAAAGUUUGGCCGUGGGAAUGACGUACGCGUCAUGUAAUUGGCUGUUAAAGAGCAUGCGCAGGGAAAUCAACGGAAGAAAACAGUCUCUAAAAACUCUGCGUGCCAUACCUAAGGAAUGUUUGUAGGCUGACAUGGGUUGUAGACUUAUUAGCUGGGUUGUGAUAGAAAGGCAUUAAGUUUCAAGUUGCAAAAGUGUUUUGGAAAUGAAGAUUUAUCUUGUAACACCCAUUCUAAAAUGGUCAGAAGAGAUAUGAAAGAUAACGUCAUCCACCAUUCCUAAGAAAUAUAUUGAGGGCGUGGUUCAUUGUUGGCAAGAACAGUUUAUCGUAAUCUUGUUUUCUUCUUUUCCAGCUGUAUUCGUGCCAUUGUUCUUAACAUUAAUUUGCUUUAAUUUUGCCUCCUUUCUAUAAUUUUCUAACAUUUUGCUAUGGCAAAUCAGGAAACUCAGCUUUCUCGUGAUGCUUCAGAGUCAGAAAAAGACAUUCAUGCCAUCCGCAAAAAUCUUGAGGUAGAGUCCUGUACUAAGCUUCGAUAGUUUAAUGCUUUCUUUCCUUUUAAUUCUCUGUGUUUCGUCAACAGGUAUACUGUUUAAAGUGAAAUUUUAUUUAGUGUGCUUGUAUUCAUGCUUGUUUAGUGUGGUAACCACAGUGUGUUUUGUUUUGAACUAGCUGGUAUUGAUGUUUUCUUUUUGUAGAUGUUUUUGUGUUUGUUGUGCGACAGAAUAAUGAUGAGUGUAAUCAAUCCUGCAUAUUGCUAGUCUCCUUAGCAGCCGCUCGGGCCAGAGUAACGCAAUGUUCCCAGCCUCCACGCGUGGGGGUUGGGGGUGGGGGAGAAUUGCGUGACUCCGACCCGAACGUUUGCGAAGGAGACUAGCAUAUUGCAAUAACAUGCACUGUGCAUUUUAAAGCUAACAGAAUAUUCAGCGACAAAGUUCAAAUUGCUCUGUCUGCAUCUAAUAACAAAAGUAACCUUAAAAACUAUAUUUUUCUGAAAAAUCUUUCAUUCAAUUUUCCAGCACUUUAGUCACUCAGAUUGACUUAACAGGCUUCUUUUCUAAUAAUGUCCUUCCAUGAAGUUCUACUGCACUGCACGUAACUCAACUCUCUCGGUGUUCACCGCGACACCUCUUUAAGGUCUGGACAUCUUAAGAUGAUCCUUUCUGCACUGCACCUUAGAAGCUCAUUUUCCUGUUAUGAAUUUCCUUUGUUAAACAUCUAGUCUAUGUGAGACAAACGUGUCUCUCAUUAGGCCCCAUUUCCAUGAGACCGUUGCCAACUCAGACCUACACAACUUUAACUCUGCCAAUGAGAAAGACUUUUUGAGAGCGGAGUUUCAUGUGAACAGAAGCAGAAAUUAGUGUGGAAGCCUUUCAGAAGUUGUACCUGUACUGCCCUGACAAAGAUGCAUCAAAACUAGUCGCGCACCUUUUCAACCUUCCCUGUCAUUCUAGUCACAACAUGACAGUUUUCUGUCCAUCCUUACAACAAAGCAAUUUAAGAAACGACCCAAAAAUCUAGAACAAAAUUCGCUAUAUAAACCUUACACAACAAAAAGCCACUUGAUUGACCUUGAAUCGCUUUGAGGAAGGGCUUCCGCUCGAAACAACAGCUUUUCGAUCUUUUUACGGUUGUAGAUUGACUUUAUAAACUCAGUUAACCUCAGUUAACAAAAAAACGAAGUUUUCGUACGUGAUCAGAUUUUUUAGAGUAGUCUCACAGGAACUUAUUGUUACCAAUCUGAAUCCUGUGUCUUGACGGUCUUAUGGCGCUUUCCAUUUGUCAGAACUGGCCGUCCAGACGAUUGCCCGACCAGUCUGUCCGAAAAUGAAAUAGGCCUUUUCAAUGAGUUUUUCCUGAAAAACGUUCUCCUUCGUGUAUACUAUUUGACUAAUCUGGCUGGAGAGUUUUGAAUACAAGGGAAAUUUUCAUUGAGACGGAAAUGCUCUGGCCCCUACAGUUCUGACAAAUGGAAAAUGCCCUAAGUUCAUGGCAGUCUCAUGUUACUGGGGUCUAGGGAAGACAACUUGUUCUUACUUAGGGUUUGUUUAUUCAUGCUGCCCGAGCACCAGUCAUCCUGGGUGCUGAAAAAAUAGUGUUGAGUUCACACUUGGGGUAUCCGAUAUGUGACUGUCUAGCAUUAGAUCCCAUCGCCCUAAACCUCCCUGACACCUCAUGAAGUUUACACAACAUAGUAUUCCUUAUCGCUUCGGUUUCGAGCACUGACUAUGGUAAUUAGGGUUACGCACUGACUCGAAACGGUUAGCUUCUAUUAAGGGUUACGGUUGUUGCUAUAUAGGGUUAAAUUAAGCCAUCUCUGGCCAGCAAAUCCUCAGUGGCCUGGUGAUAUAAGUGAUGGACCAUAGACUCCACGCUCCGAGUUUGAUUCCCACUAAGCUCUCCUGAAUUUUUUUUCCAUAAAAAUUGAAGAGACUUACUCUCUCAUGAACAUUUUCUGAGCAGAAAUGCCAAGAAACUUAGAAAUUUCAUCGAAGUCUAGUGUAGAAGCAAUAAAGAAUACUACGUUGUUUAAACGUCAUAAGGUGCCUAAGGGGUUUAGGCCGAUGAGAUCUAAUGCUUAAAUUUUUUGCUCCAUUUCGCGCGGUUAGACACCAUUUUGAAAUGUGAGCGUGUCAGGAAGUUACGGAAAUACAAACAGUGGGUUGCCUGUAAACUCUCAGUAAACGUACACACGCAGGGACGUUGACCUGGUGCCCACUGUAGUGCUCUAGUAUAAGGUCUCAAUCCUACAGAGCGUUUUCACAUGACAUCACGUCUGCCAUAUUGCUUUUCCAAAACAUUGUUCGGAUAAUUAUACGCUCCUGGGAAACUGCCCACCUACCCCUCCCCUAAGCCAAUAUUUUGCCCUAAGUGAGAAGAAAUUGUUAAUGUUGACCUAGGGGAGGGGUAGGUGGGCAUGCAAAGCUGCUGACCACAUGAGGCUCUUUUCUCCGACAGCGGUUCCGUGUCCGAAUUCUAGCGUGGGUACUUGAAAAGAAGAUGUGUUCACAUUAGUGCCCAUCGAGUACUGUAUUCGGGCACCGUGCUCGGGCUGUAGGUGUGAACGCUGCAUUAGUGGUUUUAACUGGGAAGGACAGUUCUCAGUAAAUUAACACUCAUUUCACAGGGUCUUAUGACGGAGCUAACAGCAAAUGGUAGUCGUAUUACUGAAAUCAACUCAUUAGCAGAUCAGCUCAUUACCACGGAUCACAGACACUCCGCAGCUGUGAAGAAGAGAAGGAAAGAAAUCAAUGACAUGUAAGAUUCAAGUUACAAUUCCCUUGAUUGACAUUAAGUAAUGAUCCGGGUAAGGUGGAAAGAAAGUUCUUUUGUUAUGCGGCAAUGUGCUUUCCCCAAUAGGAAUGCUCUCAUUUGCAUAGACCUACAGAAAGGCUGUUUACGCGAUAAUGUAUUUAAACUCCGUUUUGAAAGGGUGGUUUUUUGUGUUAUAAAUUCACUCUCCUCUCUUUCCUAAGCUUUUUUCACAAGCGGUAUUACUGGCAAAUAAUAUUCGCUGUUUUCGUAAUUCAAUGGUUCUACUGAAAGACCCGUUUUAUAGGUCAAGUUUCCUGCGCCAAACCUCUGAAUUUGUACAGGUAGUUACCGAAUAAUGUUUGUUUUUAAAGAGUUUUUGUUAUAGGGAUUAUGCGUUUUGUGCUGGUAUACAAUAGAGAAGUAAAAUUGUUACGUGGAAUUUGCUUUCUCAGUUGAAAGUUGUGGUUCUUGUUUAAACUUUAAGGUGGGAAAAACUUCAACGUUUAAAGCAAGCCAAGGAAGAAGAACUGAAGGAAAAACAUGGGUGAGUUCCACAUACCAUUGUUUUACCAUGGUUUUCUCGUGCAAGUAUUUGUUUCUUGAGCUUUACACUAAAGCCACAAAUAAUGUGGCAAAGAAUUUCUGAAGCUACGAACGGAAUUGUUGAAACAGUGUCGUCAACUGGGGAGUAUUUCUGAAACAAAACAUUCUGAAACCCUCACCCCGCCUUCAACGAAAGUCGGCUCGUUUGAUAUUUGUGACAGGUUUCGCGAACGGAAAGUCGUUACAAUUUGUAGUUUAAAGCGGGUACAUUACAUUUGGACAUUUGAUACUAGUGUUGUGAAAAUUUAAAUUAAAAUUGGCAAAUGGCAAUAAUACUUAAAAUUAAAAUAACUCUGCAAUAGACCUUUUUACCGAUGCGGCGGCCAUUUUGAAUUAAUUCGAUUUAAGGAGUAUUAUAGGAUGCCCAGGCAUGAGCAUAUUUCGUUUGUAUUUUCGAGCGCCUUUCGGGACAUUUUUUCUUAAAGCUUUCUUAGAAUAAGAUUGUAAUGGGAAAAAAUAUCCUUGUGCCGUGUUUGGAUGUAAUAAUGCUCGCCUUUUUCGUUUUUAGUAUUAGAAAUAUGGUCUUUCACUGUAUAUUUCUCCGGAAAAAGGCGAGCAUUAUUACAUCCAAACACUGCAUAAGGAUCUUUUUUCCCAUUACAAUCUUAGUCUAAGAAAACUUUAAGAAAAAAUGACCCGAAAAGCGCUCGAAAUACAAACGAAAUGUGCUCAUGCCCCCUGGGCAUCCUAUAAUACUCUUUAAAUCGAAUUAAUUCAAUAUGGCCGCUGUAUCGGUAAAAAGGCCUAUUUGGAACUUUUUGGGAGAGAAGUAAUAUUAAUCCAUAUAUGUUUACUUAGCUGCUGUUGAUAAAAAAUGCAUCAGGGUUUGUAUAUGGUUAGGUAGGCUGUUUAUUUGGUUCUGAUUGGGUGAAAUAUGGCUUGAUCGUUCUUUACCUGCCAGUGUGGAACUUUUCUUUGACUCGUGCAACGAGAUGAAGUCAUGGAUGCAAGAGAAGGAUGCUGUUCUAUCAGAUGGAGACAUGGGCAGAGACUUAGAGACUGUGAGAGCCUUACAAAGGCGACAUCAGGUAAACAAGGAAAAUAGCCUAGUAGCCAGCAAAAUCACGUGCCCAUGGAUUUCUCUGCAUUUACUUUCGUCAAAUCCCACAGAAGGCAGCUUCUCCUCAUUGCAUUGUACUGCAAACGGAAGGAAAAUGGUGUCAGUAUGUUUGUAAAUAAUUAUGAGAGGUUAACGUUUUAUUCCCGAUAGUGGCCAAAUCUUACGACAGAAUUCAAGAUUUCAUUCUGUAAAAUUCGAGAAAAGAAAUAACACUAUACAUAUGUACUGUCAAAGAGAAUUCAUCUGAGUAGUAACACCUAUAGGCUUUUGCGUACAGACUUGAAUGUACUGUAAAUAUAACUCAGCUCCUCACUGCAACACGUAGGGUUAGGAAAGACGCGGCCAUUUUUAAGUGAAAUUCUUGCCUUUAUAAAUGUACAUUGUCGUGUAGUUAGUUUUUGUGAUGCUAAAUAAUUCCCACGACGUAAAUGUUUUUGACAUUUUACUCAAAAUUUUGUUUUAGGGAUUUGAAAGAGACCUUGCGGCAGUUGACGAAAAACUUUUGAAGCUUCAGGACCAAGCAAAGUCGUAAGUUGGUGAAGUUUGAAGUUUUCAGUUAAUUAGGUUAUCAUCAUAACAUUAAAAGUGCUGCCCCUAUGGUUUUGUUUUUAGUCUAGUGUCCCAGCAUCCUCGACAAGCCAGGCAGAUUAAGGCAAAAGAAGCAGAAAUACUCGGACUGUGGAAUGGGCUUAAGGUGGGUAAUCCCUCUCUUAUAAAACGGCAAGUUCCCUAGUCAUCUGUCAUCCAUCUGUCCCUUGUGACACUUUUGUAACAGAAACUAUCUAAUGAAGCUUUUAACAAAGGAGGAAGUGCUUUGUAGCCUUGCAUUGUCUUGUUCGUAACAACUGAAUUUUUUUUGUUUAAACUAUAAAGUUAACUUGUAGCUCGGAAAGUUAAGGUCGCAAUGUUAUCUUUUUCUCAUUUUCAGGGCAAAGCUAGUAAAAGAAAACAAGUCUUGGAUGAAGCUUAUGGUCAACAAGGAUUUUUGGCUGAUUCAAGGGAUUUGGUAAACGUUUCACACUACUCACACUACUGAAAUGCAUUAAGUUUCAUCUGCAACGAGUGAAAUCGAGUUAUAUUCCCGUUAGUUUUAAGUUUUGAGAUGUGUUGCCAGCCGAAUAUGUCACCGUAUAUUUUGCGUUGUUUUGAUCCCGAAACAGUAGGGGCUACCCAGAAAGGACACCUCGGUCCUUUUUGGGACUCUGAUGAUCUAGGGUACUUACCAUUUACAGUGGGAAACCGAAAAUUCCGAUUGGAAAAUCAAAUGCUUUGCGCCAUUCCGUUUGGGAGCUUCAGUAAAUGCGGGCUUUCGCUGAAGAAGAUGCAUUUUUUCACUCUUUAGUCUCCUUGUGGCGGGUCAAAUUUAACUGUUUAAUGUUUACGCACAAUGUUUUAAAAUUUGAUGGCUUGUUUAAAAGCUAAUCAUCCCUGAUCUACUAAUUCUACUGCUUUGUCAACAGUUAUCUUGGGCCUCUGACAUGCGCGAGUCUCUGAAAAUAGCAGAGACACCAAAAGACGUAAACAGCUCUAAACAACUAAUACAAGAGCACGAGGAGAAGUGGGAGGAUAUUCAAACUCACAAUGACAGGUAGAGUGUUUAUAGGGGUCUCUGUAACAGUGCAAGUGCAGAUUGCAGCACGUACAGUGCCAAUGAAGAUGUAACACAUGAAGGAAGGUUUCAUUUGAAAUCCAAACAACGAAAACUAAUAUAUUAAACGCGAGAAGGAGUGUUUCAUUUAAUAUCCAAACACGAGAAGGAGUGUUUUAUUUGAUAUCCAAAUACGAGAAGGAGUGUUUUAUUUGAUAGCCAAACACUGAGAAGUGAUAUAUCAAAUACGAGGAGUGUUUCAAUUGUUAUCCAAACACGAGUAAGAGUGUUUCAUUUGAUAUCCAAAUACCAAGAAGUAAUAAACGAAACACGAGAGGGAGUGUUUCAUUUUACAUUCAGGCGACUUAUAUAUCAAGCACGAGACCGGAAGGAGUGCUUCAUAUGAGAAUGAGUGUCUCUUCUGAUAUCCAAAGACCAAGAAGUAAUAAAUCAAACAUGAGAAGGAGUGUUUAUACGAUAUUUAAUCACUGAGAAGUAAUCUGAUAUCCAAGAAAACGUAGGAAUUGAACUUAGUGUUGUUUUGUUUGUUUGCCUUUUUUCGUGAGUUAUUGAUAAAUUUGAAAGCAGGAAAUCAAAUACAAGAUUUCUUUUAAAUUAGUACAGAAUUUUUGGUAAGUCUUAUGAAUGACAUUUGUUGUCUUCUUUUUACUGCCAUGUUCAUUUAUCAAAACCUCAAGAUUGCCUUGGUGAUUCAUACUAUCUUAUUUUUAUGGUUUUCCUUCUUUUUGGUCAGAGUUAAACUGAUUAACACCCUUAAUGAUUGAGAAGCAAAGUCAAAAAAUACUGUCUGUGUUGGUACUUUAAGGUAAAUUUAAAUCGACCUGAACGCAGCCCAUGAUUAACUUCUCUCUUUGACUUAGGUUUGACCAGUUGGUAGAGUAUGGUCAGAAGAUGUUGGCUUCUAAUCCACGAGUGAAACAAGUUAAAGACAGAUUAACAUCAUUGAAACAAGAGAAGGCAGCCCUGAAGGACACUUGGUUUGAGAGGAAUGACUUACUCAAUGAAAGCCAGGAUUUACAGGUGAGUUUUUCUUGGUCAUUUCCUAAGGAUGCCCUGUAACAGGAUACCCAAAGUUUCCUUGAGAUGGACCCCAACUGGAAAGAGGAAAAGAGGCCGCUCAAAAACAACCCGACGGCUUACAGUGGUGAUAGUGCUGGAGAAGUUGUUUUUAACAGAGGGUGAAACGCAGGCUAAAGCUUAGGACAGGGUAGUGUGCAGGGAAAUUUGAUUGUGGCCUUAUUUCCCAGCCGGGAUGAUGAGGGUAUGUGUGAGACUUGGCCGGCAAAAAGCCUUUUAACCAUAUAUUUUAAAGGCAAGUCCAUCAUGAAGCCGGAUCACAUGAGGGAAGAUAACUUUUCGUGGUAACUUGUUGUUAAUAAAUGUUGGUUUUACUUGCAGGCGUUCAUCCGAGAUGCAGAACAUGUGGAUUCCCUGUCAGCUUCUCAUGAGGCCUUUCUUUCUAAUGAUGAUCUGGGGGUAUGAAAUACUAUUCUGAAAUAACUGAUAUUGGUUAGAGUGUGUGAAAUACGGUAAACUCUCUGGGCAGCAUAACGACAAGGCCUGCGGUUGUGAGACAUUCAAUUCAGAGAAGCAUAAAACAUAUCUUAUUGUAUAGCUGUUGAACUCCAUUCAGAAAGACGAACUUGACCAAUAUCCAGCCAUCUUGACAUCAAGCGUGGUCAAUAACGCAUAUAAUACUUGAAGCUAACUUAAUCCCUAUAUUUUGGUUGCCUGCAUGUUACUUUAAGUCGUUAUCGUUAUCAUUCCACUUUGAUUUUGUCCACAGACCUCUGUGGAUGACGUUGAGAUGUUACUAAAACAGCAUGAGAAUUUUGAGAAGACUUUGUCGGCUCAGGAAGAGAAACUCACCUCCUUGUCGGAUAUGGCCAAAAGUCUGGUAAACGCUGACCACCACAAUGGACCGUGGUAAGGCUAGAGUCCUUAAAAAGCAGAGCAAAUAGACAUCUAGGGUACUUACCAUUUAUAGGGGAAAACCUGAAGUUUCGGUUCCACCAUUCCGUUUUGGAAGCUUCAGGAAAUAUGGGCUGUCGUUUGAGAUGAUGCAACUGUUGUACUCUUUUUAGUCUCUCCCGUUGAUUUGGCUAUACUUUGUCCUCUUCCAACAACGUCAAAUUUAAUUGCGGAUGACCAGAGGAGCAUACAAUAAUAAUAAUAAUAAUAAUAAUAAUGGUCUUUACUAAUUCAUAAGAUGAAAACUACCUAUUUUAUGUAACAAAAGUUCCAAUUUUGAUCUAAGUUACAUGUAUUAAUUACAGCCUGUAAUUAACGCCUGCGUCGCAAGUGGAGGUUGGGUGCCCAUGGGCCAGGGGGCUGCAACCGCAAUACACCCCGAGGCGGAAGAACACCCACAGGCCUACCAACCCGCAACCCAGCCACGAGCCCCCCCGCGCCAAGCCGAAGGGACCUCCGGGUAGGAAACCCGGAGCAAGGGGGCUCGGGGCUGCAGAGCCCCAGGCCCCGAGGGUCCAAACCUGAGGCACCCACCCCCACGGCAGCCCCAAAGGUAGUACAGAUACCUGCUAUGCAGCCAGCUGUCUGGAUACGUGGACGAUGGAGCUAACUGGAGUGCGAAUAUAAAUCUGGUAGGCAUCACUAGACCACCGGCCUAGGGUCUUGAUCAGAUGAUCCGGAACUCCCCGAGCGGCAGCUGUAGUUGCCGCACCAAUACGGAAGCUAUGGCCUGAAUAAGAGCCAGUAUAGCCAGCUGAGUGCAAGAUAGACUGAACUGUGGAUGACAAUUGUUGCCGAGUAAGAGGGCGACCGUCACUAAAAGUAAAGAGAGGACCCUCAGAAGAGCCACGCAGAACCAAGAAGUUGCCCAAAGCACGGAUGGGACACACCAGGCCCUCACCACGCCCCACAUAUACAUCACAGCCCAUGCGAAACGGAUCAGUCUUAGAGCACUUGAUAUGAACUUUAAAACAGGUAGGAUUCACCAGGGAAUCAGCCUGCAGGUCAGCAACAGUCAUAUGAAUACUAGGCUGAAAUGCAGAAUUCACCGUGAACUCCCCAGCUCGUAAGAAACCGAAGAAACCCAAACAGCAUGCCGCCCACAGCAUCACAUGGUCUCUCCUGGAGAAGUCCAGACGAUGUUGAAUCGCCCGCAGAUGAUCCAGGGUGAUAGGCAGGCGCCGGGGUGAUACUGGACCUUGAACCCGCUUAAUUCCCCUGAGUAAACGCUGCAAACGAAGGCAGUUGACGAAAGGGUCUGACAAGCCAUGGUCAAUGUGAAGGGAACGUACUGCUGACAGGUAUACCUUUAUAGAUGCGUGGGUCAAGUUGUCGGCCAAGAGUGAAGCAAAGCGCAUGAGAGUCUCCUCAUCGGCAGGAGGGAAGGGGCCAUCGCUGUUAAGGCGACCAUCCCGGCGGCAAAAGUCAAUAUAGCGACGCUGAGCAGAGAGAUAAACACGCCGAGUGGAGGGCGCGAGUCCCUGGGAGAGCAGAAACUGACACCUCUGGGUCAACACGUCUGGAGUGCGGCCAGCAGCGACUCGGGAAUCACACAGGGAGUCAGGUCGGCUUGAGGUGCCAGACGACGAAAACGCUGAAAUUGAAAGCGUGAGAGGGAGUCCGCUACUGGAUUGGCCAAGCCGCGAACUGAAGACGCCGUAAACAUAAAUGAGUGGCGUAUAGCCAGCAAGGAUAAAUGACGCAGCAGCCCCAUCAAGAGGUGGUCCCGUGAAGUGCCAGACUUAAGUACAGCCACCACUGACUCAUUGUCGCACAGGAACUCGACCCGCCGAGAGCCCCACUGAGAACCCCAUAAGGCGGCGGCUACAACGAUGGGGAAGAGCUCCUUGUACGCAAUCGAUAACGACCGUUGCUCCAUAGACCAAGCGCCGCAAAACCACUUGGUGUUAAAAAUAGCCCCAUAGCCCAGUGACCCUGCAGCAUCCGACGAGACUUGGAAAUCCGGGACGGGCGCCCACGUGGGCAUACAAAAGAAACUGAGGCCAUCCCAGGUUUGAAAAAGCUCCCGCCACCAGGUAAGGUCCCGACGGAAUUCUUGGUUUAGCCUGAUGGGGUGAUCGUCCAGGCGGAAGGCACAAAGCAAGUCAAUCAUCCGACGAAGAAAAGUCCUCCCUUGUGGGGCGACCUUGCAGGCUUGAUGGAGGUGGCCAAUCAAGGAUUCCAACUCCCGCCUCUUACAGAAACGCUUUGUGGACCACUCUUCAAGUAAGGCAACAAUCCGGUCUCUUUUAUCAGUGGGCAGGCGAGCCUCAAGCCUAUCGGAGUCGAGUUCAAUCCCGAGGAUAGUUAAGCAAGUCGUCGGUCCUCUACCUUGUCAGGAUGAAGGGGGAGACCAAGCCUUUCGCAAAGGCGAACACAGGUAAGUAAAUAGAAGUGGCAGAGCGGGGAUGACGGUGGACCAAGGGUAAAAAAGUCAUCCAGGUAGUGGCGUAGGAAGUCCACACCAUAAUUAUGAACCAAGAUCCAUUCAACCUGGUCCGCAAUAGAAGUGAAAAUAAAUGGCGCUGAACGCAACCCAAACGGGAGAACCAGAUCGACAAAGUACUUCCCACGCCACUGCAUCCCCAGCAAGGGGCGAUCGUCGGGAUGGAUAGCCACAUUCCGGUAUGCACUGGCCACAUCAAACUUAGCCAUUAGUGUUCCGCGACCCCACGCCAUGAUGCCCUCAAUAACUGCAUCGACUGAAACGUACUGCACUGUGAAGGGAGACUUGGGAAUGCCAUCGUUCACGCUGUGCCCAACAGGAGAGGAGAGGUCAAGGAUGAGACGCUAUUUGCCCGGUUGAUUGUUCUUGGGAAUGACCCCAAAGCGGCUGAUGUGUAGAGAAGGAAAAGGAGGGGCUGAAAAGGGGCCAGCCACCCUGCCGGAGGAAACUUCGGUCUGCAAGUAGGAGUCUAUCACAAAUGGGUGCUCGAAGGAGGAACGCAUGUUCGAAGAAGCGGACUUCAGAUUGACCAUGGACGACUCAAAGCCAAUACGAAACCCUCACGUAAUCCGGACAACACAUAGGCCACUGCUGCCUGGUCAGGAUGAUGCUGCAGCUCUGUCUGAAAUUGAGCCAACCGUAAUGGAGAGACCUGGAAGGCUGGGGCUAAUGGCGAGAAAGAAUGAACCGAAACUGCAACGCUGGGUAUACUAACUGGAACUAUAACAGAACAAGACGGCUUCACAGAGGAACGCAGAUCACGCUGCCCCCUUGACGACGCAACAGAACUAUUUACACUAUGUACACAAGCCUCACCGGGCAAAACUGCCCAUUCAGUACCGUCCCCCUCUCCCCCUGGGUUGGGGAGAUCGGGAUCGUGGGCUAGAGGAGUUGGGAAAUGGACAAUUGAUCUGGGUGUGUUCACCCUCACAGUUACUGCAGCGGUGUCGAUAUUUGCACCUUCCAAAGGGCCAGCGGCACUGCCCGUCAUUCCAUGAAUGGCAAAAAGGAGGGACCAGGCUGGUGUCACGGGAGGCGGCAGGAAGUGGAGAUGAUGCCGUGGAAGAAGACGACCGAGGUGGCGGGGGUGAGGCCAUGGCUGGAGACCUUAAGUGAAAGUUGUAUAGGUCUAAGUUCAUCCUUGACCAGUCACUGAGGCCAGAGGCAGCCGCAUCCUUUCUGAACGCCAGGUCAUACUCUAACCAAGCUGAACUAGAAAAAUGACGAGCCGUUUGAAUGAUAAGCAGCUUAUACUUGGAGAGAUCGGGCCAACGAUGAGGGUGAGCUGCACACAGCACCAUCUGAAAAAUAGUAAAGGCUUCCGUCCAAGUCAAAAUGUCUUUUAUUUCCACUUGCCUGCGUUUUGACGAGGACACCACGAGCUUACCAUCGAGGAACGUUUGCGGCUCCUGCUCCACGGCGCGAAGGUUCACGGACAACAAAUCUGCCAAUUCGACAAACUGGCCGCCUACAAUUUUUGACACUAGUUUUGAGGGAAUAGGGGCAUGCCCCGGACCAACGAUAAAAGCCUUCUCAGACUUGGGAGAUGCCAACGAAGACUCAAGGCUUGGAAGACCGCUAGUAACGCCGAGCGAUACGAAAGUGGAGGGAGUAGGAGCCACGGGGCGGGCCGAGCUCGAGACGGUAAUGGCCGGCACUGGCGUAAACGUAGGAACAAACGCGGGAAGGGUAAACGUACCUGAAGCCACCGAAGAAACACCGUCACCUGUACUCACACUCGAAGCGGACGCUGAAGAAAAUAAAGGUUGUGGAGCCCCGCUAGCAGAAACGCUUGGAACCGAAGAAGAAGCCUGCGAGGAGGCGUUUCUCUGGAUCGAUGAAAUAAUGGCGGGAAUGGAGUUUCCGAUUGCCCGAACCACAGCCUCGGUGAGGGAGUCAGCCAACUGAGGCGACCAAGAGCUAGAAGCCGUACUCGACACAGGACUUUCAGACGAUGCCGUAGAUGGAAGGGGGUCUUCGGUAGGAAGGCCCGCCGAUAAGCUGUUGUUGGUCGAACGAGAUGGGCGCGGCAUUACAGAGGACAACCAAAAACUCCCCAGCAGAGGACGAACCACAACAGGAAAAACGACGAACCACGGCAACGAAAACCACUUCGACCGGAAAAAACUUUGAAAGAACCAAGAGAAAAAGCUAUGCUACUCGAACUGAGAAACCAAGCUAACCAAAACUAGGGCAGAACCAAGAGAAACGCUACGCUACUGGAACGCCACGCCACGCCACGCUAACAAAACUUCGAGUACAACGCAAACACAACGUAGGCACGUGGCCUCCGCAUGCGCCAAAGCGACAUACCGCUGGACAGGAAUCUGCCCUCCAGCUCAUGAACAAUGGUAAAUGCUACAAACGCAAACAUAGUCACGCACAACGCUACAGAUGACCAACGCACUACCAAAGAAUGCCAAAAACACCCGAGACCAUAGCUCCUGGUCGUUAACUACAUUAAAUAUGAUUUAAUAGUAUUAAAUUUUACUAUUUUACAGUAUUAACUCGUUUCCAAAAUAACUACAAAGAUAGGUCACAUUUAAAAAUUAGACGGUUAAAAUAGGAGUUCUUAACUCAAUCCGUGUUCAUUUUCGGCCGGUGACUGGAUAUGUGUCUUAGAUUGUAUUCUGUGACCUUCAGUUUAGGCAAAAGGUUUCUUAAUGAUCUCAGUAUAAAAAGACAUUUGUUAGCUUUAAUUAGCUUAUUGCGUGCAUGUGUAGUUAUCGACAAUCUUCCUGGUAAGUAACACCAAGACUGGAGGGCGCUCCGGUUUGCGAAAUACCUGACACGUGAGGAAAUCCCAAUCGCAAUCCUCGUCUUUAAGUAGCUAUUACUCAUGCGCAACAUAUAUAUAUAUAUGAUAUAGCCAGCAUUCGUUUGGAAUUCCACUAAGAAUGAGUGGAAUGCCUAGAACGCAACCUGAUCAUGCGCGUUUGGACGUAUUAUCACGUGGAACUUACGCAAAGCAGAGCGUAUGGCAUUUGAGCAAGAGCGUUUUGACCUUUGAUGGGUCUCGCCCGCACUCCCUAACCUUUGGCCAUUACAAGUUGCUAAAUUUUUAGGCACGAGAUUUCUAACUGGAUGGUUUGUAGAAGUGGUAAAGCACCCCUAGUUUCCUACGUACCUGUUUUUGGUCACUCAACGCUACAAACGACUGCGAAGGAUACUGUUGUCUUUAAAAGAUCAGGUAUCAUUGUACAAGACUACGUAAAACACCGUGCUCAUCAGGUUACACCUGUAUUUCUUAUUCCGGCCCUUUUUUGCACAGAUAUCAUGUGGCUGUAACACACCUUUUCCUUGUCAGUUGAACUUUCUUAUUAUUACUGCGUUUUACAAAAAUCUCCUGUGAACCACAUGAUUUCUUUUAUAUCACCAGGAUUUCCAAACGCAAAGAUGAAGUUGUUAAAAGAAGACAAAAUGUCAAGCAACUGGCUGGAGAAAGAAGGCAGGAACUACAACAAUCCCAGAUACUUCAAAACUUUAAGCGAGAUACUCAAGAGGUACCUGGAUUUUUCCUCAGCUACAUGUUAAGCAUCCAAAGUUCCUUUCUUCAAAUCGUUUAUUCAAACUACAAUAAUAGACCUUUCUACAAUCGGCGACAAAAUUAGUUGAGACACUUUGCCCUAAAGGGCCUUUACAACGUUUUGCCGACUUAAAAAAGGGAAAAUAAAACUUUCCCUCUCCACGCAAUGUUGUGGUCUUGUUCGAGCUACCUGUAGGAAAAAAUAAACACCCAACUUCAAACGGAGGGGAUGGGGGAGGGGUUUGGGUUGUUUUGUUCUUUGAUGUCACCCUAGUUGAGGUAAGUGUCUCGCUUAGUACCUACGCCUCAUUAUUGUGAGUGGCCGUUGCGUUUCGGGUCACGUUAUCCGAGAAAGUUUUUCGUGUCGGAUACGUCAGUAUCUAUACGCCGUACAGGGACUAGGCUAGUGAGAUCACUGGUGUCUCAACAAUUUUGUCGAUAUGGAUCUGAUGGAUUGUAGCUUGUACGUUUUGUUUUCUUAUUUUAGACCAUGUGAUGUUCCUUCAGAGAACUAUUUCUUUCAAAAGUCCUCUUAUCCACGUGCGCAUGUAUGUGUUAGGGUUCAAUGUUAUCCUUGGUUUAAAUUUUGUUCUCCUUUGCUUGCGGGUGUGUUAAUGAGUCUGAAACAAGUGAGAAUAUUCUACAUCAAACCACAACAUAUGCAUGACUUGAUCUGAAUUGGAAAAACAAAACAUUCGAGUUAAAAAGGUCUAUUGGUAACUUCCAUGUGCUCUUCAUUCUCAGUUUGAGGCCUGGAUCCAAGAGAAACUUCAAAUUGCAACUGAUGAGUCAUUCAGAGACUUGACAAAUGUUCAGCGGAAACUUCAGAGACAUCAAGCAUUCGAAGCUGAAAUUGCAGCCAACAAGAAUGGCUUUGACAGCAUCAAUGCGGUAAACUUCUUAUAGUGUUAUGAUGUCUUACUACCUUUAAAGUCUAAGGCAUAUACAAAUUGUGUCUAAAUUGAUAUUGGAUAUCAAUGUUAUGAUCAAUUGACAGCUGUCAAAAUAGGGUAUCCGCUGACCAGUGUGACGCGCUCUAUCGCGGGCUCAGGUGUACAACACAUUUAGAUGAGAUGUUUUUUUUAAGUGCUCAAGUUACGUUAUUCAACUGAUCGCAGGCUUAGAAAACUUGACGUCUGAAAGGCAUUUCUUGAAAUUUCCCCCUAGAGCUUCCCUCUAGAGCUUCGCUUAUUACGAAGUUCUCGCCCAGGAGGUACUUGGUUGGGAAGUGGGACAGUGCCACCGUGUUUCAAGGAGACCAUAGGAUUUCAUCCACAUACUCAAAAGCCAAUUUUCUAAUAAAACGGGUAAUUAUUGUAAAAACAAAUAAUUAAUUAUUAUUUCACUAUUGGUUUGUAGUGUGGCAAAAAACUCAUCAGAGAGGGUCAUUAUGGCGCAAGUGAAAUAGAAGACCUUUUGAGAGGUUUAAAUGAAGGUUGGAGUGACUUAGUCAGCAAGUCCGCUGACAAGGGUGGCAAGCUACAGCAGGCUCAGCAACAGCAGCAGUUUAACAGGACCAUGGAAGAUACGAAGGUUGGUUAUUUAGUGUGAAGUUGUUGGAGAGUUGUGAGUUGUUCGUACUCUCAGAAAAGGUGUCUGUAGACAGAAUGACUGGCUUUGCUCAUACGUACAAGUCCAACACACUCACUUUGUUGCUGGUAAAGUUGCAUUUUUGGUGGGGUAUAACCCAGGUUCGCAGCUGUUUUCAUCCGUUUUGAUUUGUAAUUCAUUGCUCGAGAGACUUUGCUUAAGGUUUGUCUCACUAGUCACCUCUUUAGGGAACCUCUUUAGUGACCAUCGUGAGACAAACAGUAAACAAUGCCUAUGAAUGAAUGAUGAUGCCUAUGAAUGAAACCAUGAUGAAUUUUCCGGUUCGGUAAGAACUGGAAUCUACUUUCGCGCUUUGACGUCACCGAGAAGAACGAGCCGCCCAAGACUUCGUGACAGCGGCUUCGCGCGGUCAAAGAGACAAGAGAGAACACUUAAGAACUAGGCUCUAGUUCUUAUUCUGGGAUGAAAGAAAAGUCAGUCAAAUGCACCUUUCUUGUGUCCUUUUCACCAGGUGUGGAUGAACGAAGUGGAGACGCUGAUGUCUGUUGAAGACCUUGGCCAUGAUCUGUCUAGUGUCAAGUUCCUUCUCAAGAAACACCAAGGAGUGGGGACUGAUAUCGAACUGCAUGAUACUCAGAUCCAGUCUCUUUGUGAUGCCGCCCAGGGCUUGAUUGAUGGCGGGCAUUUCGAUGCUGGUAGGAUUGAACAGGGGACAGAGACUAUCUUGCAGAGGUAAUGAUUCACAUUAAAAUUGUCUUUCUUGUUUUCCAGAUAAGAGCUGUAUAGAAAUAAGAGGCCCCGGAGCCCGUUUCUCGAAGUCCCGGUAACUUUUUGGGCUUGAAGCUAAAUGUAAAGAUCGAAACCGAAAGAACAAAAGUGCCGUUCCUACAGCAGCCUAACAAACCUGUCCAUUUUGUUUUGUUAACUGAUAGUUUCAUCUUAUCAUCAACAAACCUGGGACCACUGUAACUGGCUCACCGCUGCUGUGGCACCCCUUCCUAUUCAGCAUUUAUCAUUCAUUGUUCAGUAAUAAGCGCAGCUAAUAAAAUAAAAUAAAAUAAAAUAAACCUAUUGAAACCUCGAUCUUGAUUGUAAACUCAGCAACGGGAAAACCGGUUUUUUUAGGCCCAUUAAUUACCGAAACUUUCCAGAAACGGGGCCCAUGGCGGUUUUUUAUGCAAUGAACAAUUCCUAAUCGGCUUGAUGAGACACCACAAAAAACUGGACAAUAAUAUUUUGUACAAUGUUCAUUUAGUUUUGGCUUAUCUUAAGGGUCCGUUUUUACGAUUUCAAAUCGCCCGUGUCUGUGAUCUAUGUACGAUCUCUACACGUGAGUUACAAAAAUACUUCCUUACCCACCCCCAUGAUCUAAGGGUUAUUUAUUAUGAACAUGGCAUAUGCUCCUAUAGAAUCGUCGCUAGUUUACACAGGCCAAUUAAAAUCGCGCUUAAAAUCGCCGCAAAAGGCGCCUGUGUAAAUGACCCUUUGACGUGGUCUAAUCAAUCCCUGAAUUGCUUAUUCUUAACUCUUGUUUUAGGUUUGACGAGUUAAAAGAGCUUUUUUCCAACCGCCAGUCUCAGCUUGAAGACUCAUUAGGUCUUCACCAGUUCUUUUAUGACCUUGAAAUGGAGAUGGCCUGGAUACGAGAACAUAUGACCCUGGCCACAUCAGAAGACUUGGGAACUAGUCUGAUUGGAGUUCAAAGACUGCAAAAAAGACACUUGGUAAAACAUUGUAACAGCGUGUAUAAAACAUAGCCAAGUGCAAGUGGGCAUCGAUAAGCACGACAAAAACGUCUGCGAUUUGCAAUUUGAUAGUCACAAUUUCAAUGACACAAUUACAAUGGUGUUUCACCUAAUAGGCUGAUUUCACGAAGCGACUACGCGACGCCAGAGACAAUAAGAUUCGUUUAACUUAUUGCUAAGCUUUGUUGACAUCUAUGCCGUCGAGGUGGUAGUUACUUUAGGCUGAUUUAGCAACAGGACGGGAACGUUAGUUGACGACGGGAGUAGAAGGAAUAAAGUGAAAAGGUCUGCAUUGGCAGACUCUUCUUCUUCUGCCCAGUCUCCAUUUUCCAUCUUUUUUUUCUUUAGUCAGAUAAAAAAAACUAUAGCCAUGAAUCAUCACGCAGUUAACGCUUCCUGUUGUUCGGAUUGUUGUGUUUCAGGCCUUUGAAAAUGAGCUGUCCAAUCAUCAGUUUAGAAUCGACACGGUGCUGGCUUCUGGUCAGGAUUUGAUUGACAGCAAUCAUUAUGCCUCUGACGAAAUCGAAGAGCGCUGUGAGGAACUUAGUACUAGCUGGGAGUCGCUCAUGGGGGCUGCCGCUGAACGUAAGCAAAAACUAAAUGAUGCUCUAGAGUCACAGAAGGUGAGUGAGCGACAGCUUUCUGAAUAACCUUUCUCUGGCUAAAUGUUUUAUCUCUUCUCAUAGAUGUGUAAUUUGUGAGUAAAAAAUGUAAGAAUUCGACACGGGCUACAAUCGGCGUCAAAAUUGGUUGAGACACUUUGCCCUAAAAGGCCUCUCGAAGGUUUUGCCAACUUAAUUUAAUUUUGCUGAAGUUGCACCCAGAUAUUAGUUACUGAGGUGUCGAUUUGGAAAAAAAUCCGCGGUAAAACUGAAAUUUCUCGAUGCUAAAAUCUUCCCAAAUAAAUGUAUUGGAACGAAAGAUGCUCUAUCCACAAUCGAAAUGUCCACCAAGGAUCUUACUUGGAAACAGGUGGUAUGUGUAAAUCACCGAGUUGUUAGCGUGGCCGAGAGAUCAGAGAUCAGAGCGCUGGACUUGCAAUCCGUAGGCCCUGGGUUCAAUUCCCCCCCAUUCCACCACUAGUUGAAUUUGUUCACGAAAUUCCCGAGGUCAAAUCCUCGACCAUGCUUGUAAAUAGGCAGUUGGGAUUCUUAACCCUGUUAUAUUCAGUUUAAAUUAUUUGUUUCAGCCGUUUGCUUUGUCCCACUAGCCUUUGCGCUAAAUAUGCUACCUAGAGUAAAUUAGGGAAUUAUUAUGUUAUUAUUGUGAACUUCAAAGGUGGAAAAGCUGAAAAGCGUGCUGUAGAGCGACGAAAUGUAUCACAGAACUGACGUUCAAUUGUUGAUCUUAUCUUUGUUAUUUCCAGUACUUUACAGAAGCAAACGAAGCAGACUCAUGGAUGAAUGACAAGGCGGGACUGGCAGCCAAUCAGGAUUACGGAAAAGAUGAAUUAGCCGCCGGGAAGCUGCUGACCAAGCAUACUGCUUUGCAGACAGCUGUAAACUCAUACAACCCAAUCAUUCAAGCACUUGCAGAGCAGGCAACGAAACUGAUACAUAGUGGCCAUUUUGCUGCGGCAAAGAUUGCAACCAGACAGGUAGAGAGUAUAGUAAGAGAUAAGAAUUCAGAAACUAUAAAGGGAUUGGGUGCAAUCCUCAGUGAUUUUGUUGCAAAUAGUUAUGGUGAGUACGGGGACUCAUCUUGUGGAAAAUCAUCAGUCUCUGUCCAUAACCAAUGAGUCCUAGUUCAAGAAGACAAGGAAUCAUAAAUUGAAAAUACUUGGGCCAUUACAGUGUACGUAACCAGACAGUUAAUCUGGAGACAGACCCCAAAACUCUUUAUCACAGUUUACUGAAAUUAAAAUAUACCGUAUUUAUUCGAUUAACCGCCCUGGGCGCUUAUUAAAUUUUUGGACCUUGAGAGUAGGCGCUUAUUCGAGGCUGGGCGCUUAUUAAAUUUUCACCAUUUUCAGCAAGUGUAGUAUGUUCAUUUUGCAACAGAACAAUAAAUGCUAAUAACAAAACGCGAAGAAGUAACAAACCAAGGUUUCUGUAAAUUACGCUGAAGAAAACUCCGUCCUCGGGGAAGUCUCUUAUUAGAAUUUAUUCACUCAAGUCAGUGGGGUGGGGGUGAGCGCUUAUUUGAGUUUGAUUGGGAGGAGGAGGGGGUGGGCGCUUAUUAACUUUUUCUGCCUUUAGGAUGGGCGCUUAUUCGAGGUGGGCGCUAUUUCGAGGUUGGGCGCUUAUUCGAAUAAAUACGGUAGUCCUAAUCAGAUAUACUUAAAGCUCAAAAAAGACUAAAAAUUACAGAGGAACCCCGUUCAUACGGUCGGUCACCAAUGGGCCAAAUUUUUUUGUACAAGAAAAUGUAUAGCGGUUCUUACCAGCGGCAAAAAAAAGUGGUCGUAAUAACGAGGUGACCGUAUUACCGAGGUGGCCGUAAGGCGGGGUUUCACUGUAAUAUGCAUCUUGAAACAGGAUAUUCCGCAAAAAAUCUUCAAAUUCGUCGAUCGUUGUUUGCGUCCUACGGGACGCAUACCAUGAAUUAUCUUGCGUCCUUGGGGAUUCUCAUGCGUCAGGGACACAGGGCACAGAGGUAGCAAAAUUACUGAAUCUUUCGGCGCUACGAUUUCUUAGAUCGUGUGGGUGGCCAAGUGUUACAUAUGAUUGGAUAGUGGUUGCCCUGAAUACGGUCGACCAAGCAAAACUAACGCUUUUACCCUCAAAUUAUCCCAGAAAUCACUGCGCCGAAAGCUUGUGGGGAGAAAAAAUGAUUACAAAACCCUCCACAGGUCCCACAAAUUCGACACGCAGAAUAGCCCCACGGUUGUGACUAAAAUUGAUACCCCAAAAUCAGGAUGUUAUCUUCACUCAAAAUACAUAAUGGGAGUCAAAGAUAAGAAGGAAAACAUUAGGUGGUAUGUAGGACUUGAACGCGCAUCAUUUGAUGUAUAAUCCACAUCCGUAUCCUUUAAACCAUCAAGGGCUAACUGCCCACACCGGUUGAUUUUAACGUACUUUACAUGGAAUUGAUCAUUAGAUUAUUGAAAGCUAACCGUUUUUAACCCUAAUGACUGUACUUCGGUGCUAAACCCUGUAUUCAACUCUUUUCCUUGAACAACUGUCUCUUACUCUGACUUCCCCACUUUUCUCAAAAAUCUGCCCAAUAAAUUCGCUAUAAAGUUCUCUACCAGGAAUAUAACGUUGUGUAAUAAACAUGAGGUGUCCAACCUGAUUUAAGGUAUCCAUUCUAGUCACAACCACAGCCCCACCCGUAUUAUAAGUCCGUGAGGGGUUCAAACUGCGUUCGGGUUCCCGCUCCUCACGAUAUUUGUCUAUCUAUUUGUCUGUCUAUCUCCUUUUGUUUUGUAGCGUGAUAUUGAAGAACAGUUUUCAGGCCUACAGACGCUGACCAACUCGCGGCUUCACAGAUUGGAAGAGUCCAAAAAGCUGCAUCAGUACUUGCGUGAAGUGAAUGAAACCGCUGAGUGGAUCAAUGAGCAGCUUCACGUGGCUGCUACUGAGGACUAUGGGAAAGAUUUUGAACAUUUAGAGGUGAGUAAAAGGAUAAAAAGUUACUUGGCCAUAUCAAGCCUUGCAUAGCUCUAAAUUUUAAAUGAUUGUGGAACGAAAAGUUGUUAGAAAAAGAAACACUUCAUUUGCAUCACAACUUCAGCAUCAUUGGUGUAUUGUUGGUCACGCGAUCUUCCAUCACGUGAUCCUCCUAUUACGCUGUUGACCGUCUCUAGUUCCAGGACCUCAUCUCUUUGUCUUGAUACGGCUGUUCGUGAGUUUCGUUGAUUUAUGAGUUUUUAUUUUGUAUUUUCAUGACCUAUCCAUUUUGUUGCGUGAAAUGGUGAAUCUUGUGUUAUAUUUCGUUCGUAGACGAUUCAGGGCAAGUUUGAGGAUUUCAAACGCAGUGUAACAGCGAAAGCAGAACGCUUCAGUGAAGUAGACAACUUUGCCAAGCGUUUGGUUGCUGAGGGACAUACAGACACAGUAGUCAUCAAGGAACAGCAAGAUAUUCUCAGGUUUGUGGAGUAUUGUUUUACAAAAUCACAAUGUAAGUGUCGACUAGAGCUGCUAAAUUCGUAUGGAGGACGUUUUCUUAGUACCUGAAAGUAAAAUUUUUCAGUAAUGAAUCUUCUAUCCUCUAAAGACAACAAGCGAAGUUCACGUCGUUAACCGGAUAUUCUUCAACAUGGCCAGUUUAAUUGCCAAUUGACCACUCCAGAAAAUACCAUAACAUACCAUAAUGCUCUUUGUUUUUCACCCCAAAUUUUGCAUAAGCAUUGUUUUCAGUUUCUCUUGGGGCCAUUUUAACUCCCAAGAGAAACUGAAGACAAUGCUUAUGCAAAAUUUUGGAGUGACAAACAAAGGGCAUUAUGGUAUGUUAUGGUAUUUCUGGAGGGGCCAAUUGAAUUGCAUGCUGGCACGUAGUGCUUUUGUAACCCCUCUAUGCUUAUCGAUAUAAUUGCAGAUCAAUGUGGGCCCAGUUGCAAGAUCAGAUCAAGAUCCGCACCAAGCGACUGGCCAGCGCGGCAGAAAUCCAUGGUUUCAACAGAGACCUGAAUGAGUUAAUCGCUCGCCUCCAAGAGAAGGAUGCGUCGCUUUCCAUGGAGGAUCUGGGACGAGAUAUGGCUAGUGUCCAGGGCCUUCAGAGGAAACAUGAGGGGCACGAGAGAGACUUGGUAGUUGUACAGAAACAAGUUGAAACACUGAGCGCUCAGUCAGCCAAGUUACAGGUCGCCUACCAAGGUGAAGCUAUUAACAUGCUUUAUUUUCUAUACUUGUUACUAUUUUCUACAUACCGUAAAAUUCCGAAAAUAAGCCCCGGUGCUUAUAUUUUUCAAAGGCUCUUUUUGAGGGGCUUAUUUUUGGAGGGGCUUAUAUAAGGAGGGGCUUAUCUACGGAGGGAAAUUUGCGUUUCAAAAUCGAUUGGGCUAGCCUUAUAGUUGGAAAGAAAUUGACUGUUUUUGCUUUGUUUUACUUUGUAUUUGAGGGCAAUCUCCAAGUACAAGCCCCCCGGGGGGGCUUAUAUUUUGAGGGGCGAUUUAGCGGAGGGUUUUUUGCGUUACGAGUUUGGGGGCCUUAUACCUGGAGGGGCCUAUUUUCGGAAUUUUACGGUAUAAUUUGAUUCGUCAAGACUAGCAUGAUUACAAUUGCUACGAGCCCCCAGGCAAGCAGCACACUAAUCACGAAUUCCUUGGGUGUCCUGUCGCUAUAUAGGCGUUGCAAUCUCGAUUUUUGUGUCGAGAUGAUUUUUAACAGAAAUGGCCGGCGAUAUCAUUAUAAUUUAAUUGAAAAUCGUAACACACCUUUUGCAUAAUUUGAAUUGCGCUAAGUAUCGCAUUUUGUGGCGCGCUAACAUUUUCAAUUUAUUUUCAUAUGACUGUAAACUGGCCAAUUAUGACCUAAAUCACAAAGAACUUGUGACUUUAGGACUCCCUUUUAAUCCUUUAUCCCAAACUAUUAAUUGGAAGCAAGGCUGGCGCAGUAGUGAGAGCACUUGCCUCCCACCAAUGUGACCCGGGUUCAAAUCGCGGCGUCGACGCCAUAUGUGGGUUGAGUUUGUUGUUGGUUCUCUCCGUUGUUCCGAGUGGUUUUUCUCCGGGUACUCCGGUUUUCCCCUCUCCCCAAAAACCAACAUUUCCAAUUCCUAUUCGACCAGGAAUCAGGUAGACGAAGAACCACUAUGUGGAUGUGCUACCUUCAAAUCGUUGUUUAUUAUAUUUAUAUAUUUAUUUAAUUGACCUGAUUAAAGGGUUUGUAAUUAGCAAAAUUCCCUUGCCAGUUCAUCGUUUCUAGGGUGAUGUUUUUACUGCUCAACAUCUGCUUGUUGCAUUGUACUUACAAUAUAUAACCUCUAGUUUUUACGUUUGACCGUAUUUGUUUAAUUAGGUCACACUGCUGAAUCAAUCAAAAAGCACGAAGAGUUUGUCUUGGGUUUGUGGAAUGAACUUGAUCGUAAAACGACCAGGAAGAAAUGCAAGCUGCAGGACUCCAACGACUUUCACAAACUUAAUGGCGAGGUUAACUACAUCAAUUUUUGAUAACGUGUAGUCUGUGAGUUUACGAAAGUCCAACAAGUUGGGUGAUGAGAAUAUGACCAGCUUUUUUAAGUUCCUUCUAGGCCAUUGCACAGUUGUAUUCAGGGCUCGCAAAAAGUCCCAUUCGUAGUCAGUCCGCUAGUCUGGGACGAGUGGAUUUUCUUCCUAGGCAAGAAACUCUUAAAGCUUACCUGCCCAGUGGGCAAGGGUCCAGGAGAGUCAUCUUCUAACAAAAUCAUUAAGUAACGGUCCAGAUAAGAAGGAAAGGAACAAAGGCUAUGAACAUGUUGGAAUUGUCCUUACUAUACUUCUGAUUGGCUUAAAAAGCAAAAGUUAUGAAAACGUUAUAAAGCAGUAUAUGUAUUCAUCCUUACUUUUCCAACCAACUUCCAUAUAACAAAAUCUCCUCUCAGUCUGAAUAAAAAAAGAAGUCCUAUGUGGGAAACAUGUAAAAUUGUAAACUUUUCUUGGCUGUUGUUUGAAACUCUAAUGAUUGGUCAAAAUCUUUUAACACUAAAACACCCUUUCAAAAUAGAGUUUAAAUACAUUAUAUUGCGUAAAAGGCCUUUCUGUAGGUUUAUCUGAAAAGCCCCAUUUUGUUAUUUUUUUCUUUGUGCGAUCAGAUCCGGGACUUAGUGUCGUGGUGUAUUGACAUGAGUCGCACCAUCUCAUCUGGAGAGCCAGUUCAUGACGUCACAGAUGCUGAAACGCUCUUACGGCGGAUUGAUGAAUACCGCUCUGAAAUGGACGCGAGGGAGGAGGGUUUUAACAAGGUCAUGGAGACGGGUGAAAGGAUGAUCGAUAAUGGACACUUUGCAGCUGAUGAGGUAACCACGACCAUCCACUAGUUUAAAGCUCUUAAAGUUUACUUUGCUGUGCUCAUAUUUUAUAAUAGACUACCGUAAUAGUUUAAAGGUAUUAAAAUGGUAUCGUCAUCUUUUCAGAUCGCAGAGAAGUUGGAGCUGCUUCUUACAGAGCGUGAAAGUUUGUACGCAACAUGGGAAGACCACAAGACAGAACUAGACCAAGCUUAUGACCUGCACGUUUUUCUCAGAGACGCCAAACAGAUUGAUACCUUCACCAGUACCCAAGAGGUAAUAUAUAACAAUUAUUCACCGAAGUGGAGGAGGCUAGCUUUGCCCGCGCGAACGCUUCGCUACUAUGCAGUAGGUCUCUUUAGAUUGCUACCAAGGUUUUAAAACUGAGCAAAGUUUUCUUUGCAUUUAUGGUUCCUAAAACCUUGCUACAUAAUACUUGUUAUUUCGGUUACCCAAAUUGACAGUGCUUCCUUGUUGAGUUGUCGUCAUCAAACCGAACACUCACUUAUCAACAAACGUGAAACGAUCACCAACUUGUUUGGAGGAAAAUUUUCUGUGCGUUUGCCUAAAUAAUGGUACCGGUCAUUUUGAAGGUUAUUGUGUUGGUGUUUUGUUGAAUUGCUCAAUUAGUCUGUUUGGGGGACGCUAUCGCCUCUGCUGUUGGCUAAUACAAUGUUACAAAGAAAACUGGGUCAAAAUUCGUCCCCUAAAACAGACCCACAGUGCAAUUGUCAUUGGAUGAUAUCGUUAUUAGAGAGAUUAAGAUUCAUGUUUACGCCAAACGGCAGACGUGAAUUUGUACCACAUGACCAAAUUUUUCCCUUAUUUUCCGUUUAAUCUUUAUUGCUUCUACACAAAAAUAGUAGUUUUAUGCCAGUUUUAACUUUUGGAAUCGUUCGGGACUGUUUUUAUCUACUUAUUUUCUAUUCUGAGAAAUUCUCAGCUUGAGUCUGACAUUUUUCGCUUGCGGUAAACGUGAAUCUUAAUCUCUCUAAUGUUUAUUGUUCACUUGUCAGAUCUUAUUUCCCCAAUUUCAGGUGGUGCUUGCUGGGGCAGAGCUCGGUGACAGUGUUGACGAGGUUGAUUGCUUACUCAGGAAGCACGAAAAUAUCGAGAGGCUAACAGCCUCGCAAGAUGAAAAAAUCACCAAUCUCUGCGAAUUUGGUGAAACGUUGGUUGAGAAUGGUCAUAACGAAUCUGACAUGAUGAAGGUGCGAGUGAAAGCCGUGUGUGACCGAAGAAACAAAUUGAAAGAAGAGUUAGGAAAGAGGAGAAACAAACUGGAAGAGUCAAAGAAGAUUGCGCAGUUUUACCAAGACGUUGUUGAGGUGAGGGCAGUAAAUCUCUGUUCAUUCCAGUUCCUGCGAGAACAUUUCUAAGAGGCCAUUCCCGAGUCGUCCCAAGCCUCUGUUUCAAAGCAUAUUAUUAUGCAAAUAAAACUCACUUUGAUGAGAAACGUUUUGCUCUUAGCCUCGUUUUGAAAGGGAUUUUUUUUUAACCCGGAUAUGGAUUAUUCUAGGGACGUGCAGGAUGUGUAACCUCGGCCAAAGGGACUGGGAAAUUUGCAAAAGCUAAGCAAAUUACUUCAGAGCCUAUGCUGUCAUUCGCUGUUUAAAAUGUAUUAUAUUACCAAUGCACUGUCACUUUACUAAUUAGGAACGGGUAUCCAUAGCAACCGCUGAAAAAUAAACAUCCAACGGAUCCGCAAUGACCCACGACGAAAGCAAAACUAAAAGCCCUGUAACCUUAGGAGGCUGCCCCCGCAGAACACGUGCUUGGUAGGGUGAAGCCGCUGACCACAUUGGCUCGAUUUUACCCAUUUAGUCACAUUAAAGUUCUUGAUUUUUCUUCGUGAAACGCUUGCUUUAACGGCAAUGUUGUUAGUCAUGUUCAGAACAGGGCUGUUCACAAAAUUUCGAUUCAAGUUGCGAGAAAAAUUAAAUUGCCCAUUCGCCACUUCAGAACCGAGAAGGAAACUGGGGCGAGUUGACUUUCGCAAAGACUUCUGGGACUGUUACUAUGGACAGGUAAAAAAAAUAGCCAGCAGCUGACCGGCGCGUCCCCACUAACCAUCCCAGAAACAAUUGCGCGACAGCUACGCAGUGGCGAAUUGUAACUUAAGUUAACUUUGGUAUAGUGUUGUGGUAAAGGUUGCGCUACGUGUCUCCCUAGGCGGAAUCCUGGAUAACUGAAAAGCUCCAAACUGCUAGUGAUGAAAGUUACAAAGACCCUGCGAACUUAGACAGCAAACUUCAGAAACACCAGGCUUUUGAAGCCGAGCUGACCGCUCACGAGGAGGCUAUAGACGCGGUACGAGAGACUGGUGAAGAGCUUAUUACAUCCGGGCACUUUGCAGCCGAGGAAGUGGAGCGUCGCAUCGAGGCACUGUAUCUUCAUUGGGAAGAACUGCUUGAAGCGUCAGCCAAUAAGGGCAAGAGAUUAGAAGAGGCGAGGGACCAUCAAAAAUUUAAUCAAGAGGUUGAUAUUGCAGAUUCUUGUAUCAGUGAAAAGGUAAGAGGCAUAAUUAAACCUUCUGCUUAUUUGCGAGUUUUGUGUUAUUGGAAAACUUAUAAAUAGCUCUCGAGAAAAAGGCGGAAGACGCAGAAAUAGCGUUUUUCAAUCUGAUCUGGAAACACGGCCAAGUUUUUACCGCUAGUUUUUUCGACAAAAAGAUUCACUGAGCCUCUUUUUAUUAAAAAAAAAAUGCACAGAUGUAGAGGAAAAACGUUUAAUCCUUUCACUGAACUCGCAUUUCGCAUUUUAUCAAGGCUAAAAGACUUAGGUGCCCCUUAUUUUGUGAACUUCAUAAAACACUUUUGUUAGUUUGACUCAGUGACUCGGAUGUUGAGUGCCCCACAGGUUGUGGAUACGUCAGUCACCUUCAACAACAGUCCUGUUCAGGGCUACACUCACCUGUUUCGAUUAUAUCCUACCUAGUUAUUACAUGGCUGUUGGAUUCAAACAAGAAAAAUGAGAAAAUCGUACGCCGUUGUCGUAGAGAGGAUGGCAAAGAAUUGCACAAUAAAGUGUGUUCAUGUGCAUAAUUCUUUUUUUUCUUUUUUUCUUUUAUAUAUAUAUUUUUUUACUCUUACGUUAUCGUCGUCGAUGGGUAAGCAAAUUUAUUUUUAAGUUAUACUAGAAAUGGCAGCUUUGUAUUGUUGUUCGCUGUCGCUUUUAUGAAUGUUCUCUAACCCGUAUUUUCAGGAAGCAGUGGUAUCUUCAGAAGAUACCGGGCGAGACUUUGAACACUGUGUGCGUUUACAAAAGAAAAUGAAGGCAUUCGAUAAGGAUUUGGCAGUAGAGGCAGCAAGGGUAGAGGCGAUCGAUAAACUGGCUCAAAAACUCGUAUGCGAAGGACAUGCUGGAUCAGCGGAUAUCACCCAUCGCCAGCAGGCGCUGACCGAGCGCUGGAAUCGUCUCCAGGACCGAGCUAGUGAACGACGUCAGCAGUUAGCGGAGGCUAAUGAGAUGCAUGCCUUUGACAGGGAUUGUAAAGACGUUUCAGAUUUGAUCAACGAAAAGGUAUUUGUAUCGCUACCUCUUUGUACUUAGUGCGUAUAGAUGAUUCAAUGAAGGUUGCUUUGGGCAUUGAGUAAUUGCGCACGGGGAAAUUAUUGUUUGGUGGUCACUCAAGCAAAUCAUUGCAGUGAGUUCUGUAAGGCAGCUCAAAUGUCCAAUGCCUAAGUGCCAAUUACCGAUGCCCAAAACAACCUUCAUUGAAUCCGCUAUAUACCCUCUCGGCGACGUUUACACCAGCUUAUCCCCAUGUCUCUAUUUCGUUUGUUUUACGCGGAAAAGAAAAUCUCCUUUGUCUCCUAGAAGUGGUCAAAUUCAAAUUUCUUUUCGUAAAAUCCCUACAAAAAAAGUACAACUGUACCAUGGAACAGUUUUCAUUUGAAAGGUACCAUCAUGGGUUUUCCACAGGUUUAAAAGUUAUAUUGACAAAUAAUCUCUGUAUAAUCUCACCAAGGUUUCGUGGCGAAGCCGUCGCUAAGAUUUACAAAGGUCCAAGUAGAAAGCUACUUACAGAUCCGUAGGCGUAAAAAAUUAACUACAACAUAUAUAUGCACUUUCAGUGUUACAUUGCCAAGGGAUAGUCUUGUAGUUGAGGGAAUUAUCUUCCAUUGUAGCUGCCAGCCAGAAAGAAACUUAUUUCCUUCUUUUGAUUUUGUUUAAGCCAGGUUUACGACAAUUAGAUUUUUUCAGAAGCACGAAUCCUUUAUAAUCUUUCCCCGUUCAAUACAUUGAACUGUAAUCACAUCAAUGUCAAUCCCAGUCUUCUUUCCUACUCGACCCUGCAGAGCUCCGCUUUUUCGCAUCUCAGGAACAAGCAGGAAAGAACCCUGGGAACGAGGUUGUAACCACGUUACCAGGGAGUUUUAGCAAAGACGUUUUUGAUCAACGCACAUCAACUGCAAGUGGAAUUUUCGCAAUCCUGGGGCGUGAUUUUGACCAAAUUUUUGGGCAAAUCGUCUCUAUGAGGGAAAAGAUACUUAGAAAUACAAAUUUGGUACCGUCAAGGCAUAUUAAAAGCAAAAAAGGACUCACUUCCGUUUGACGUGCAUCGCUCAAAAAUGCCUUUGCUUAAGCCCCGCACUUUCUUUUCUAGGCUGUUACAUUUUCCAGCGAGGAUUUUGGCCGUGAUCUUCCUGGUGUCGAGACGCUUUUGAGAAAACACGAUGACCUGGAGCGAGACUUAAGCGUCAUUGAAGGGAAAAUGGAAGCGCUUGAAAGUGAGGCUCGUCGUCUGGCUCGAACCCAGGCUCUCAUGGUACCGGCCAUUCAAACUAAGCAGGCAGAAAUCAUUGAAAACUGGGAGAGGCUGAAUGACUUGUUUGAUGAAAGGUAAUGAGGCUAUAUAGUAUUGUGCGUAAGUCGUUAAAACACCCGCCGAGGCAUUUUUUCCUUAAUUUUUCUCAGAAUUUUGUUGCAGCACAAGUCGCAAGACCAUCCUGAACGUAACUUGUCUUUUAACUCUUUCGUUUCACGGCAGCAAGUGUGGAAGGAAAGAGGAUCAUAUUCGUAUUUCUCAAUAAUUAGUGCAGCUUGUAAGUUGCCACUCCGUUUUAGAGAGUGUUACUCUAAGCAACGUCUCACGCAACAAAGUUGUCAGAAAAUUCACAAGGAACCCAUUGAAAAAUAUCAAUAAAAAACAUCACAGUUUCAAUCAGUGUUAGUGAUACAUUAAUCAAGAUUUUGCAGAUUAAGCUGUUGCAGUGAGUUAUUUUAUUAGGGAAUUAGCCUUUCACCCCCGCAUUAAAUUAUUAAGACUCUGGAAGAAAUUCCCUGGUAAAACCAUUUCUGUAGUUUAUAUAGCAAUGUUAGCAUAUUUCCGUUCAUUCCCGCAUCAUUUACUAUAACAUGCUGUUUCUGUUCGUUUUUCAGAAAGGGUAAAUUGGAAGCUAAUCGGCUCCUUCAGAUCUUUUUAAUGGACUACCGUGACCUAAUGGCCUGGAUGACAGACUUGGCAAUGCGAAUUUCAUCCGGGGAGCCCGCAAAAAACGUCAGAGAGGCUGAGGCAUUGCUUGAACUACACAUGGAAAGAAAGGUACCAAAUGUGCAAAUGCUUUCAUUCAUGUUGUUCUAUUGUGGUCAUAUCUUUCCUGUCGCACUAAUGGUUAUGGCACUCUGUUGUUCGUCUCCCAACGCUUCUUCCCACGACUGGUAAAAGUGGUCUAUCAGGGUGCCUACUGCCAAUUCCUAAUAGACACCAUAACAUUCUAAGACGAAGACGACUACGAAAAAGAGAUUUUGUUACAAAGUAGGGCGCGUGCGUGAACCAGAGUUAUUUUGGCGGGAAAACGCGAUAGCCGUCGUCUAUCUACUAUGGGUUUUGGCGAGAAUGCGAUAGUGAGGGAAACAGGUUAUUAGCUGUUAAAAGUUUUUUGAUUUUGUGCUCGGGAAAGGGCUUAAUCUCUUUCAAUAAAGAUAACCGUGCUAACGCUUUUUGUUAAAAAAAAAAGUACAAUAAAGCUUUUUGGGGUGUCGACUUUUUGAGAAUACGCCAAAAAUCGCAAAACUUAAAUCUCGUUCUCGCAGUCUUCCUCGUCCUCAAAUGUAAAGGUCUCUACUGAGUGAAUUUGGCACAACUGCGUCGACGUUAAUUUUGUUUUUUUUUUUCUACAGGGCGUUAUUGAAGCGCGCAUGGAUUCGUUCACCAGUGCGCACGUAUUCGGCCUCAGUUUAGUGGAUCAGGGCCACUUUGCAGCCGAAGAGAUUCAAGAGAAUUGUGAGGAGAUGACACUGGUGAAAGACGAGCUGAUGGAGUCUUGGAAAGAAAAGCAGGUUGAGUUGUCACAGUCUUAUGAACUCCAGGUAAGAUUGGUGUAUGCACGCAUUGCGUAUCUAUCAUAUACAGGCAAGGAAAGACCCCAAGGAAACAUCAGCCAUUUUCUGGUUGCGCGUGGGACUGUGUUGGUGUUGUGUCGAAUUGCACGAUUGGACUGGGUUGGGUUGGUGUUGUGUCGAAUUGCACGAUGGGACUGGGUCGGUGUUGUGUCGAAAUGCACUAUGGGACUGGGUCGGUGUUGUGUCGAAUUGCACGAUGGGACUGGGUCGGUGUUGUGUCGAACUGCACUAUGGGACUGGGUCGGUUUUGUAUCGAAUUGUACUAUGGGACUGGGUCGGUGUUGUAUCGAAUUGCGCACUGUUUUGAUAACUAGUGUUUAAAAAACGAGGAGUCGAUAUUAUCUCGAGUUUGUAAACCUGUUAAUACACGACUGCGAGUUUUUUUGAGCGGCUUCAAAAUCUCUGAUAUAGAUCAACUCAUUCUUGCAUUAAUAUUUAGAUUUGGGUUUAUUUUGGUCUGAGAAAUUGGACGUACAGUUUAACCGUGUCUUAUCAGAUAUAAAGAAACUCUUUAAACAUUAAUUUAAUUUGUUUUUUCUUUAUGAAUUAUUAAUGAGUUUCUGAAUCUUUAAUGAGGAAGCCAACUUCACUAAAUAAGUGGUUUACAGGGGGAUCCUCUUGUAAGACUAAGCCAUUUAGCUAAAAAUAGUGUAGCAGAAUGUUCUAUAAUGCAGGAUAAAAGUAUGUAUUAAAAUUUAGCUUUAGAUAAGCCGCUCUUAAUAGCUGCUUAAAUAUCAGCAGCAGAGUUUAAUAUAUUCCAAUGUCCGUAGUCGAAAAGGGGUAAAAUAAAAGAGUUGAAGAACAUAAUCCUGGCACUUAGUGGUAGGCAGGACUUAAUGCGGAGCAUUAAUUGGUUAUUUUACGGCGCAUGCAUUCAACGUAAUCUCCUACGUAAGGUUCUUAAAUAUGGAAAUGACUGAACUUCGUCAACAGGGUCAUUAUAAUUGGCUAUUACAAAGUAGCGGAAGACUGGGUCAAAAUUCGCCGCCCAAAACAGUCCCAUAAUUCAAUUCGGCACGACAACGAGCAAAGCUUAGUGCAAGUUCACAGUGGCCAAUUGCUGGUCGAUAUCUACGUAGAUCUUAGUUUAUGUUAGCAAGGAAGUAGAGUAUGGACCGUGCAUAAUCCUAUUAAGAGGUUUUGUUGCUGGUGGCAUGAUAAGGGAUUCGUUGUCCGAAAGCUUUUCAGCAGGGCAAUGGUGGUUUGGUUCUACCUUGCAUUAUUGCAUAGUACUUAGCCCCUGGAGAGAUCAUAUACAUGUUGCAACCACUUCUCUAUUAACGUAUGGUAUUAUGGGAGCUGUUAUUAUGGGUAGUCCAACCAAAAUUUAUGAGUCACUUAUGAGUCACUUAUGAGUCACUACCUAUGCAGCCUUUUUCGGUAAGCCUCUUUUCUGGCCAUAAGUUUUCAGGGUGGUCUCUUACAUCUGAUACACCUUUAACAUUUUCUUCUAGCUCUUUUUGCGCGACGCAGAUCAAGCAGACGCGUGGAUAGCGGCCAAAGAGGCGUUUCUACAAGCAGAAGAAUCUAGCGACAGCCUCGACACGGUUGAGACGCUGCUGAAAAAUCAACUCAACUUUGAAAAAUCGCUCACAGCUUACGAGGAAAAGAUCAAGGUCUUACAGCAGUCCUCUGACCAGUUGAUACAGCAGGAGCACGUGGAUUCGGAUGUCAUAAUCGAACGGUGCAAGGAGGUACUGGAAAACUGGGAACGACUGAAAAAGCUGGCUACGGCCAAGGUUGGAGAUUUAGGGGAAUCGAGGAAGCUGUUUCAGUUUUUGAGAGACGCUGAGGAGGUGAGUGAUAAGUUAUUCGAUAAACGUGGAUGUCGCGUCGCACCCACGCAGAAACGAAGGUAGCCUGUUCCAGAUGUUCAUAAUGUGGGGCCGGCGCAAAGAGAUGAGAGCGGGAAAGAUAGUGAGUUGGUGUGGUAGUUAGAACUGGAGCCAAAAUGCGUCCCGCAAUUGUUUCUGAGAUCGCUAUUGGAGGUGCGCCGGUCAGCUAUUGGCCGAUUUUUUCUCGUGUCCCUUGUAACAGUCCCAUAAGCCUUUGCAAUAGUAACUCGACCCAGUUUCCUUGUCGUUCCGACUGUGGCGAAUUGUUAUCCCCUAAAUUCGCUUUCUUACUCAAACAAAACAGAUUGAAUCAUGGAUGAACGAGAAACUACAAACAGCGUCUGAAGCUUCUUACAGAGAGACAUCCAACCUUGUACAGAAGCAACAGAAACACCAAACAUUUGAAGCCGAAUUAACCGCGAACAAGGGGCAACUUGACAACGUGCUCAGCACAGGGCAGGCGCUUGUUAACUCCACGCCUCGAUCACGUGAAACCGUAGAAGCGAAGCUUAAGGAUUUGAACGAGCUGUGGAAGUUUCUGGCUGAUAUGUCCUCUAAUAAAGGUCAGCGGCUCAAAGAAGCUAUUCAACGGCAAACAUUUGAAAAGAAUGUCGGUGAUUUGGAGUCAUGGAUAACAGAGAAUGAAAACAGUUUGGCCUCUAAGGUUAGUGUACAUCAACGUCCAUUAUUGGAGAAUUUGAAAAAAAAAAUGAACAUUUACUGUAACACGUAGUAAUUGAACUCGAGUUUUGGCAGUAAUCACCGUAGGAUAACCUUGUUAAUAAUAUUGUUAGUCGGUUUACUGAUCUUAGUAGUCGGUUAAAACCACACUCUGCAGCAUGAUGAGCGUUUUACUGAAAGUACUGCUUAGUAAUUUUCAUUUGCAUUGAAUGGUCACACCUUAGGAUUUCAUCCACAGAAUCAAGAGUUAGAACCACCUUGUACAGCAUUGUGAAGAGUACCACAAGCUGGAAAGUAUUGCACCAGUAGCGUUCAUUUGAAUGGUCACACUUUAGGAUUUCAUCCACAGACUCAAAGUUAGAACUACCUUGUACAGCAUAAUAAACAGUACCACAGGAAAGUACUGCUCAGUAGCUUUCAUAUAAAUGGUCGCAUUAUAAGAGUUCAUCCAUAGAUUCAGUGCAACAUUGUACAACAUAAUAAAUAGUAUCCAAGAAAGUGCUGUUCAGUAGCUUUCACUAUAUGAUUUCACUCACACACUCAAAAGUUAGAGCACCUUGUACAGCAUUUGUAAUAGUAGUAGUAAUAGUAAAGACUUUAAUUUAUGAGGGUUAGCACGAAAUAGCCGGGGCUAAUAAACUUGUGGGCCUCUAAAUAAUAAAUAAAUAAUAUAAUAAUAAAUGAAUAUACUAAGCUAUAAAAAAUACAAGUUAAAAACCAAAGAAUACAGAUACUAUAGAAUCUUCUAAAUUAUUUAAAAGAUAAAAUAUAGCAUUAUAAUCAUCUCACAGUUCAUCAAGUAACUUAAAUAGAAAAAUGAUCAAGAUUCUGCUGUUGUUUAAAAAAUUCAUUCCACAAUGCUAUUUUAAAGAGUCAACUGAGUCCCUUUGCCUUACAGGUAAAGAUAAGCUGUUCCAUGCUUUGCAAGUUGUUACGGUAAAAGUUCUGCCUCUCCUUCUGUUUCGCGAUUAUACCUCGGAGAGGUUAGGUUUUAAUUUGUAGCAAAUUGUAUUCUGAUUGAUAGAGUAUUUGUAUGUUUGAAGGAUUUUGGUAAGGAUGUAAAGAGUGCCAAUAAUCUUAUAAAAAAGCAGCAGUUACUUGAAGCAGACAUCACCUCGCACGAGGAAAGAGUAAACGAAAUCUUGCUUCAGGCAGCUGAGUUUGUGGAAGCUGAUCACUUUGAGAAGGAUGAAAUUGAAGACAGGGCCAAAGCAGUUGCAGAAAGGUACUAAAUCUAGUCUAGUUGAGUGAAUAGUAGUAAAACCGCUGCCUAUAAGUGGCCCAAAUCUUCAGUUCACUGACGUUCCGCUUCCAAUGCAUGUCGUUUACCUCCACUGAGCAGCUACUUAUUUUUAACACUAACUUCUCACUUUUAGACAAAUUGGUUUGGGGGAGGGAUAGGUGGGCAGUCUAGGAGACUGCCCACCAAACCCUCCCCCAACUCAUCUUUAAUACUAACUUCUCGCUUAGUUGAAAAUUUUGAGUUUGGGGAGGGUAGGUGGGCAGUUUCCCAGAAUCUUAUACUUACUUCCUGUUUCUUUCCAGGGGCUCUUUAUCACCACUGUGGUGGUGGUGAAUUUUGAGGGGACUUCUUACCUCCCAUACACGCCCUUAGCUUAAAACUUGCUGGUCCUUCAUUGUGUUUUUUUUCGACCCCUGGGAGAAGACGGGGGUUUUGAAUGUCUCUCUCUUCCCAUACUCUGUGCUACUUCUUCUUUCUUGGUGCUCCCAUCUACCCGUAGGGAAGGAUAUAGCCAUCCAGAUGCAUGCCCCGUACUUUCAAUUCCCGCCAUUUCCUAGGAGGUCCAUGUCACCUCUAUGAGUGCACUGUCCUUCUGUUCUUGCACCCACCGUCCUUUAAGGCUCCUGUUGUCCUGAGGAGAAGAAAGAGGCUCGGGAAACGUCCUGUACUCUCUACUACCAGAUCAUUCCCUCUCUUUAGUUGUGCUUUUUAUCCCGAUGGAAAGACAGGGAUGUCAGGACUGCAAACAUUUCACACUCUAUAUUCCCAGUUCUCUUUCCGUUUGUAUUGGCUUGGAUGGGCAGGGUUGUAUGAACUUUCCACUCCCCACAUCUUUUACUCCUACUGUAAAACCGUUCCUGUUGGUCCCCACUGCCGUGGAAAAUUAGGAGAACUUGACCCUUGUAAACCUUACCUUUGGAAAGGAAAUUAAAUAGAAGAUAAUCCAUUUAAACAAUUUUCAAUUUAUUUCACUCAAAACAGCGAUCUGGUGCGCGAUAUCCCUUUAUAAGCUCGAUUCUAAAUUUAAUAGAAUCUAUUCUGAAUGUUUUAUUUAGGUUCGUGGGUCUUUCCAAGCCAGCUGAAGCACGGAGAGAUAAACUCCAAGACUCGCUCGUUCUUCACCGAUAUCUCGCCAAUGUGGAAGAAGAGCUUGCCUGGAUACGAGACAAGGAACCGCUUGUAAAGACUGAUGAUCUUGGGCGCAACCUAAUCGGUACGGUUGUAGACAGGGACCAAAUGCACGGCUAAAUUCGUUUUUCUGACAAUGUAGUCACAAAUUCCAGAGGACUCCUUUAAUUCGGCACUUCGUGCCUCGUUCGGAAACAUCGUUUUCAGACUACGUCGUCGUUCGGGUGACAAUCGUUCCUACCCACACAACCAAUGUCGGCGCCAUUCGACUAUAAUCCGGACUGACUUGAAACAUGAUCGCAGGAUGCUAAGACUUGUCACUUGUAAAUAUUUGUACAGCUUUAGUCGCAGCACAGAAAAAUAAAAACUAGAAUUAAGAUCAAACAGAAUGCUUCUGUCCCUUGUGACUGUAGUUGCCUAAGAUGUAGCUGUGAAGUUUUGACUGCUCACUGUUGAUUUUCUUCAUGCAAUGAGGUCAAAUGUUUAUGCAUUACAAUUUAUAGCACUAUGGUCAACUGCGAUUGCGCUUGUGGUGUCAAUUUUUUAUUAUUAAGUGUUAUUUACUUCGUUCAAUUUUAGGAGUUCAAAACCUUCUCAAGAAACAAGAGGCUGUUGAUGCAGAAAUAACAGCGCAUGAGCAGCUUAUCAAUGCAGUGAUUUCCACCGCUGAGCAGCUUUUAGAGCGUGAUCACUACGCUACGGAUGAAAUCGAGGCUCGAUGUGCCAAGUUGCAGGACAGCUGGGCCGAGCUAACAAGUUUGUCAGCGGCUCGACAGCAAAAAUUACAGGAUUCUCUCAAAGCCCAACAGGUUGAAACUUUAAAAUUUAAGCUUACUUAUUCUUGUCUUGGUUUCAACUCUUCUUAAUGAUAUCAAUGUAUCAGAGUUAUUUACCCUUGACCUUAUAAAAAACGCGCUUCGUGAAACCUAUAAACGAACUGGAAGCAAAUUUUUUUGGCGUAGCAAACAAACACGGCUUGGAGACAAAUACGUGCUCCGCGGGUUUAAUAAACAGACACAAGCACGUGCGCAUUUAUGUCAUCUGUACAGUAAUCAUUUCCGCGCGAGUGCGCUGCGAAAGGUCCCGCACGGAAGUUGGAUUUUCCCAAAUAAACGGAACCCAAGACGUGGAGAGCCUUUGCUCGUUUGUAAUUUUGUAUUCCUUCAUUUCCCAGUUUUACACAGAGGUGACUGAAGUAGAGACCUGGAUACGAGAGAAACUGCCACGAGUUUCGAGUGAGGACUAUGGCCGAGACGAGACUAGUGCCCAGUCCCUGCUGCGUAAGCACGAGACCCUUGAAUUGGAGUUAGAUAGUUACAGAGCAAAGGUCGAAGAUCUCAAGAACGCGUGUCAGGAUUUGAUGAAGGCCGAGAAUUUCGAUGCAGAGAGAAUUCAAAGGCGCCAGGUAAUACAUAAUUUUGUUUCCCAAAUUUAGUGGAUGUUUUUUUAAAAUAAGAUCUGGACACCCAUAGUUUAAGAAACGAGAGGGAACUGGUGCCGAAAUGUGUCCCGCAAUUGUGUCUGGGAUCGUUACUGGGGAGGUCCCAGAAGUCUUUGCGAAAGUUAACUCGGCCAAGUUCCCUUCUCGUUUCCAAAGUGCCUAAAGGGCCACUUCCGAGUUCCAAAAACCCUCACUUUCAAAAUGAGGCCAAGUGCACAACCUUUCUUGAGGAAAUGAGUUUUAUUUGCAUGAGAAUGAAAAAUCAUUUCCUUAUCAAAGGCUGAGCACUUAACCUUGUUUUGAUACAGAGGCUCCCUGGGAACUCGGAAAUGGCCUAUUGGAUAAAGAAUUAAAUUCGGAGCAUGCAAACAAGUUGUGUUUGCUUUUGCCUUUAACUUUGAACCAGUCAUAACGUUUAAGUGCAAAGUAGAGAAACUGGACUGGUGAAAGCAGGUCUUCUAACAUUUCAACAAAUGACCAUGGCACUGCAUUUGUUUGGCUUCCAAAUUCUUCAGUACCUAAGUUCAGAAGCAGUUUUUCGUCGAUAAUAAUGUGAAAAUACCCUGACGAAAACGUACACUUUGAGGCGAAUAGCUAAACAACAAUUAUCCCAGACCGUUAUCAGAGAGUCUCUAUUUUGCUUUAAAACCUGUGGAACGAAAGCACAACAGCGAGCACCAUAUGUGUUCGUUAAAUUAAGCAGUUGCACUUCUGACUUCGUAUAUUUUCGUUUCAGUCGGAGAUGGAAACUCGUUUCCAGCGACUCAGCGAUAAAGCAUCUGAACGUCACCAGAGACUCCUGGACUCAAACCAACUCUUCAACUUUUACCGAGAAGCUGACGAAGUCGAGUCGUGGAUUGCCGAACGGGAAUCGAUUGCCAUGUCCGAUGACUACGGUCGAGAUCUAGAGCACGUGGAAACUCUCCUCAAGAAGUUCGAAGACUUCACUCGUGACUUGGUGACGUCAGGAGAGAGGAUUGCAAGUCUUACUGCGCAAGCGCAAGCGUUAUUGGAUGAAGGCAAUAGCGAGGGGGAGGUAAGGAAGCUUUUGUGAUUUCAGUGAUGUAUUCUACACUGUUGAUCCUGUGGAGGCGUGAUAGCUGAAAGGUAAACACUUCGAACUUCGGCUCUGUAGUUCAAGGAGAAGGGAGCGGGGUGUGUCCCCUAGUGCAGAUCGACCUAACACUGAUUUAACACCGACCCAACUCCGGUCCAGUACUAAUCCAACAUCGACCCAACAGCGAGCUAGUCUCAAGUACAUUCCCAAAUGGUCAAUUGAUGUGAAGGCUUUGCACAGUAUUUUAAAAAAAGUUGUAGUCGUGUGCACGCCUUGCGUGCCUAUCUCUUUAUUGAAUCGUGGGAUUGCAAACCCAUGUACUUUGCUGUAUAUGCCUUGCUGUUCAUUCCUGUCCAUGUUUAUUGAUAUUGGAUUAACUUUUGUGACAGCCACCUCAAAGCCCUUUAUCCUUUCUAAAAUUAAAGCACAUUAUUUUGAAUCUGAAUCCGAAUGUAAUCGGUAAUUCAGUGUCAGCUGUUUUAUAAUUUUAAUAAACUAUUUUGAGUGAGUUUUCAUACUUACGUCUAAUAGGCCAUUGAAAACCGAAUGGAGGAAGUCUGUUCAAUGUGGGAUACGUUGAAAGAGAGAACCAACUCGCGGCUAGAGGCUUUGGACCGAGCCAGAGAAAUCCACGCCUUUAAUCGGAACGUGGAAGAGACAAGGGCCUGGAUUCAAGAAAAAGAGGCAGCUUUGAUGUUUAGUGACGAUGGGGCACGUGAUCUAAGUAGUGUCCAGGCCUUGCAGAGAAAACACCAAGGUUUUCAGGUCAGUGGCGUAACAGUAGUCCGGGUAAUUUUUUACCUGAUUGUUAUUGCUUUUAUGAAAUACGCUUCCCUGUGGUAUUGUAUACAUUUUAGCUGUACAAGGUGGCUCUUACUUUGAUUUUGUGGACAAAAUCCUUAAGUGAGCAGAAUUUCGGGGGACAAACAAGCUGUUUUCGCCACUUUAGAACCGAGAAGGAAACUGGACUUAGUUAAUUUUCACCAAGACUUCUGGGAUAUUAAUGAGUUUACGCAACAGGACGGCAGAAAGAAGAGGACGACAAAACGCUUGACAAACGUGACGGAGCUAUUACUUGCGUGUUUUGUCGGGAAUUCACUUAACAUUGAUGUUUUUUUUGUUUUUGUUUUUUUUUUUUUUUUGCUCUUCUACAAAAAGAUCUGUUUGAAGGAAUGUGAAGUUUGGCAGAAGGUUUUUUCAAACGAAUUUAUUUUCACGCUUACCAAACAAGGUUUGCCGUCGUCUUUCCUCUCUAAGUUCACCAUUUACUUUGGACGUGCAGGUCUGCUGUUGGUCAAUUUUUUUUUGGUGUCCCCAGCAACAGUCCCAGAAUUCUUUGCGAAAAUUAACUCGUCGUAGUUUCCUUCGCGUUUCUAAAGUGGCGAAUGCAAACGUGGCGAAUUCAAAUGACAGCUUCCGAGUAGAGCUUUCCUGUUAUACCGGUUUUUGGAUCCCAUCUAUUUCCGAAGUGUGAAUGCUUGACAUUUUUCCUUCAGUACUUUUGUUUGUUUGGUAAGUCACAACACGUCUGGUUUGGAGUCCUUUCAAGCGAACCCUAAAAUAUUGUUUACUUUGGUUCUCUAGUUGGAUCUAAAUGCACUCGGAGAGAAGGUCGAAUCAGUGUCCCAAGAAGCUGAGGACCUUGCGUCAAGGUUCCCCGAGGGGCAGGAACAUCUAAUGGAACAAAGGGACGAGGUCUUGUCAUCAUGGCGCCGCCUGCAGGAAAAAGCCAGCAGUAAAAAAUCCAAUUUAACACAAUCUGAAGAGCUGCAAAAGUUUUUAAACGACUUCAGGGAUCUUAUGUAAGUGUUCUGUGUUGCAUUUGUCAAGAGAAAUUUUCAUAUAAGUGCCGUAAGACCAAAACCUGAAGCAGUGUUGUCUCGCUGACAGGCUGAAGUCCAGCUGUGACCUGUGGCUGGUGUUGCUUCACGUUAGUCAGUAAAGCUGCAACGAUACAUUUUUCAGCAAUACAAUACCUUAAUAACAAACUAGCUGAGUAGUUCCCUUUGCGUGGGGACGUACAAGACUGUACAGCUGAAUUGGUUCCCCAUCUUGGCCGCCGUCUUGGAUGGAACGAGAUGCUUGCGAAGCAGGGAUGGUUUGCUUUCUUCUUUCGUUUUCGACAUAAAUCUGUUACAAAGUUGAUAGUAGUGCGCCACUCAUAGAGUUAGUGAGCAUUUCUUGCUGGAUUUGUUCAAAAUGGUAGAAGCGUUUACGUAGAAGGGACAGACAAUCAUAGGGCAGCAAAGAUGACUCCAGUUGUUUUGAUAUACCGACAGCUAAGUGGCGAAGAAUUGCACUCCAGUUUGGCUUCUAGUUAGACAGCAGCUGAGUUACGCCUGCAUCAAAGAAACUGGCACUAGUCAUAAACUACCUCAAAAUGACAACCUACUGGCUAGUGAAAAUGGUGUCCCAAGAGGUGUUUACUAAGAAAUGGCAUUGGAUAGGCCAUAACAGUGGACAAGUAUUUUAGUUAGAGAGAUGUGUCCCAGAUAGUUUGUACAGAUACAUGUCAAGAUGCUUUAGAAAGUAAAAGAUGACAGUUUCAUAGGAGUCAAGUGCUUUCCCAGAGGUCAGCCGUGGUGAGUAUAAUAACUUAACAUGAAGAGAGUUAGAGAGUUGAGGGAUAGACAAGGUGUAUUAUGGCAGACAGUGUGAAAAUGGUGUAUAAUAGACAGAGUUCUAGAAAAGCCCCUCAGGCAUUUAUUUCGUGUUUGAUAAGCUUUAUGUAUAAUAGCAACGACGUACGGCUGCGAAGAGCAAUGAGUUAAAACCCUUUUCUUUUCUUUUCUCUUCUUUUCUGUGUGUUCAAUCAAACGGCGCGUUCAUCGAGUCAAGUUUAAAUAAGACGCACCGGGCGUUUAAAUGAGAAACACGGUAAAGCGUACUGUACAGUACGGUUUCCGGUUACCUGUUGGAACCAAUACAUGUUACAGAAGUGAAGUUACUAAGAAGUUUAUUUUCCCAUUUUAGGUCGUGGAUUGGUCAUAUGUCGUCAGUUAUCAUUGAGGACGAACUGCCUGAUGACGUCACUAAUGCGGAGAGUUGCUUUGCUCGUCAUCAGGAGCAUAAGGCUGAAAUAGACACUCGUCAAAGAAGUGUCAAUGAUUUCUACCAAGCGGCUGACAAACUUAUUGGGGACAAACACUCUGCGUCCGCGGAUGUGAAAGAAAAAAAGCAGCGGUUGUCCAAAGCAUGGCAGGCGCUGCAAACUACGUGGAGUGAAAAAGGAAUGGAACUGGAACAAAGUAAGGAGGUGCUGGUGUUUAAACGGGACGCUGACCAGUUAGAGGCCUGGCUCAAUGCACGUGAUCUUGAUCAAGAAUCGGGUGACGUUGGCGAUUCGUUAGAGGGGGUGGAAGACCUGUUAAAGAAGCACGAGGAGUUUGAGCAAAUGCUUCUUGCUCAGGAAAUGAAAUUUUUGGGAAUUACGAAAUUGACGCAGCAAGAAGAGGAGAUGAAUAAACAGAGUGAGAGAGAGAAUGAAAUGAAGGAAGAACAGGAAAGAAGGGAAAGAGAAGAAGAGGAGGAGCGAGAACGAGAACUCAAGGAAAGGAAAACACGAGAACAAAUAAGAACGAAAGAAGAAGCCGACAGAAAGGAGAAAGAAAGAGAAAAGCAAAUGAGACUUAAAGAAGAAGCCGAGAGGAAAGAGAACGAAAGGAAACGGAAAGAAGCCGAGAGAAAAGAGAAAGAGAGAGAACAACGGGAGGAAGCUCAGAAGCUCAGAGCUUUGGAAGAAAAGAAAAUGGCGAAGACAAAGGCCAAACAGGAGGAAGAAAAAAGGCUACAGGAAAGCAAUAGGCAAGUGAAACUGGAGGAGCAAAGGCGACAAGAAAAGAUUGACGAGGACAAUAACAAUAAAUCGGCCAGCACUCCUCAAGAUCAGCAAAAAGGAUCAGUUUCAUCCACUGUUGAAGGAAUCUUGCAGCGGAAACAAGAGCUUGAAUCUGGUGGCAGAAAGGCGCAUGCUCGCAUGUGGAAGACGCUGUACACGGUGUUACGCGGGAACCAACUUUUUUUCUAUCGCGACAAGAAGGACGCGCAAAGCACCAACUAUGCUGCACCUCCGGUGGAUUUGACGGAUGGAUUCUGUGAAGAGGCUAGUGAUGUGGUCAGACGAAAGAAUGCUUUUAGGUUGCUCUGUGACGACGACUCUGACUUCUUUUUUGUUGCGAAGGAUCCAGAAGAUCUCGAACGAUGGGUCAAAAGUAUGAGCGAAGCCUGCGGCCAAAUUGACCUCGAUAUCCCCAGUCCCCCUCCUCCAACACCACCGGCGAGGCUACCAAGCACCACGACGUCACCGCUAAUGGCAAGUCAAGAAAACGGCGGCUCCGCGGAUGUGACGAAACCAUAUGGACGCUUGCCUAAGCCUCUUAUUACUGUCACAAGCUUUGAUGAUGACGAGGACGUCCUUAUUGACCCUCCUCCCCCUCCCCCUGUUAGUAUACCACUCCCCACGGACUUUUCAGCUACCAGUGUAGUUACUGAGAACGACCAUGAUAGUGAGAAUGAUAUUUUAGGGGAUAUCGGUAUCCUUCCGAUGGAGCCUGCUAGCGCACCCCCGCGAGUCCCACCAGCUCCCCCGGAUUUCGCUGAUUUUGAUGAUUCGGAUGAUGAAGAUCUUCCCGUGUUACCGGCAUCCCCGCCUCCGGAAUUCCUUUCAGAUGAUGAUAGAAGUGACUACGACAAUGAACCCGAGGAUAGCCCUCUCUCAAAUAUCAUUUCGCAACUCAAGCAGCCUACCCCUCCCCCAAGGAGGAGUAAAACAAAACCCGUCCCUCCUCCCCCGGCAUUCAAAUCAGAUGGGCGUUCACGUUCAGACUCACGUGACUCCACAGACUCAGGAGGUAGAGGCCCCAAACCUCCCGUUAAACCCAAGCCUGCGGGUCUGACUGGCCAGCAGUCAAGGAAUAAUAGACAGGCUCAAGGUUUUACUGGUCCCAUGCGGUCAGUGGUUGAUAGUGGAGAUUCUGCGCACGGUCAUAGUAGACAGGAAAAGAGAAAAGGAGUGUUGGGGAACAUUUUCAAGAAGAAAAAGUGAAAGUACUAUGGCUAGGUUAUUAAAAAUUAUUAUGCAUCUGGUAGGACAUUUCAACUUUUUUAUACAUAGAUAGCGAGACCCUUUUUGAAUCAUGGUUAUGAAUAUUUUCGAACCAAAAUUGUAUAUAUAUAUCAGCCAAAUAGACUGUAUAUAGCUAUUUAAAGGUAUAACUUUUUAUUAUUUAAAGCCCAGAUAUUUUUGUAGAAGUAUCUAAUGAAAGAGUGAACUAUUAAAGAGUAUUUUUCUAGCUACCGUUUUU